CCCCUGCCCGUUGCUGCCCCUCCCCUUGCCCCCUCAACUCCCCUGCCCCCCGUACACCCCACUCCCGUCCAACCGCCCCCACCCUCCCCCGGCUGCCCGUUUCCGCUCUCCACCCCCGCGACCGUGUGCGGCUUCCAACCGCCCAACGGUGUCACACCCCCUGCCCCCUCAUGCCAUCCGCUCCCCCCGCCCCUACCCUCCGCGUGCCCGCUCCCUCGCCGCCUCUUUUGACCCUCCCUGCCCCCCUCGCCGUUACCCACCGCUCGCCAUUCGCUCCUCCCCGCCCGUGCCCUCCCCUCGUUUACCUUCGCCUCCCCCCUCCCCUCCUCUGCUGCACGCCUCUUCCUUCCCCUCGCUAACCCACUCCACUCCCUGCCCCUCCUCAAUCCGCACCCUGCCCCUCGUUUCUCGCCCCCCUACGCUUGGUUUCUCCCCUCCCUGCCCCUCGCCGCCUUUCUCCGCUCCCCACCUCCCCCCUCUCCCUGCCCCCCCACUCUCCUCCACUUGCCCUUGGCUUCCCACCUCCCUGCCCCACCUUUCCCCCCUCCGUGUGCUCAGCUUCUCCCCUCCCUGCCUCUCCCUCCUCCCCGCCCUGCCCCUCAUUUUCCGCCCCCCCACGCCCGGUUUCUCCCCUCCCUGCACCUCCCUUUCUUUCUCCGUGCCUCUCCUUUGCUCCCUCCCUGCCCCCGCCUGCCCAUGCCCCUGUCUUUGGUUUCUCCCCUCCCUGCCCCACGUUUCUUCCCUCCCUGAGAUCACCUUGUACCCCCUCUGCCCCUCCCUUGUUCUCCCCGCACCCAUUGCUUCUCCCCUCCCUGCCCUUGAUUUCCCGCACCCCUGCCCUUGUUUCCUACCAUCCAUGCCCCUCGUUUCCCCUCUUUGUACGUUCACCCUCUUCCCUCCCUGCCCCUCCCUUCCUCCCCCCCUGCCCUUUGCUUUCCCCUCGUUACGCUCCCUUCUCCCCAUCCCUGCUGCCCUCUUACCACCAUCAGCCCGUCCCCACCACCAGCCCCCCUCCCACCCUUCUCCCCCCCCCCCUCUCCCUCUCUCUCUCUCUCUCUCUCUCUUUCUCUCGCACACACACACACACACACACUCCCCUCCCCCACCCCCCACCCACAUCCUCCCGUUCUGCCCCUCCCUGCCCCUGUUCCACCCCCUCGCACGCCCCUCACCUCUCACCUCCGUUCAACUGGAUUCCCCCCCUCUGGUGCAUCCCUUGCAUCGCUCGCCCCUCUGCUCACCCUCUGCCCGCCCCUUUUCCUUGCCCUCAGCUGGCCCAGCCCCUGCCCGUUGCUGCCCCUCCCCUUGCCCCCUCAACUCCCCUGCCCCCCGUACACCCCACUCCCGUCCAACCGCCCCCACCCUCCCCCGGCUGCCCGUUUCCGCUCUCCACCCCCGCGACCGUUCACACCCCCUGCCCCCUCAUGCCAUCCGCUCCCCCCGCCCCUACCCUCCGCGUGCCCGCUCCCUCGCCGCCUCUUUUGACCCUCCCUGCCCCCCUCGCCGUUACCCACCGCUCGCCAUUCGCUCCUCCCCGCCCGUGCCCUCCCCUCGUUUACCUUCGCCUCCCCCCUCCCCUCCUCUGCUGCACGCCUCUUCCUUCCCCUCGCUAACCCACUCCACUCCCUGCCCCUCCUCAAUCCGCACCCUGCCCCUCGUUUCUCGCCCCCCUACGCUUGGUUUCUCCCCUCCCUGCCCCUCGCCGCCUUUCUCCGCUCCCCACCUCCCCCCUCUCCCUGCCCCCCCACUCUCCUCCACUUGCCCUUGGCUUCCCACCUCCCUGCCCCACCUUUCCCCCCUCCGUGUGCUCAGCUUCUCCCCUCCCUGCCUCUCCCUCCUCCCCGCCCUGCCCCUCAUUUUCCGCCCCCCCACGCCCGGUUUCUCCCCUCCCUGCACCUCCCUUUCUUUCUCCGUGCCUCUCCUUUGCUCCCUCCCUGCCCCCGCCUGCCCAUGCCCCUGUCUUUGGUUUCUCCCCUCCCUGCCCCACGUUUCUUCCCUCCCUGAGAUCACCUUGUACCCCCUCUGCCCCUCCCUUGUUCUCCCCGCACCCAUUGCUUCUCCCCUCCCUGCCCUUGAUUUCCCGCACCCCUGCCCUUGUUUCCUACCAUCCAUGCCCCUCGUUUCCCCUCUUUGUACGUUCACCCUCUUCCCUCCCUGCCCCUCCCUUCCUCCCCCCCUGCCCUUUGCUUUCCCCUCGUUACGCUCCCUUCUCCCCAUCCCUGCUGCCCUCUUACCACCAUCAGCCCGUCCCCACCACCAGCCCCCCUCCCACCCUUCUCCCCCCCCCCCCUCUCCCUCUCUCUCUCUCUCUCUCUCUCUUUCUCUCGCACACACACACACACACACACUCCCCUCCCCCACCCCCCACCCACAUCCUCCCGUUCUGCCCCUCCCUGCCCCUGUUCCACCCCCUCGCACGCCCCUCACCUCUCACCUCCGUUCAACUGGAUUCCCCCCCUCUGGUGCAUCCCUUGCAUCGCUCGCCCCUCUGCUCACCCUCUGCCCGCCCCUUUUCCUUGCCCUCAGCUGGCCCAGCCCCUGCCCGUUGCUGCCCCUCCCCUUGCCCCCUCAACUCCCCUGCCCCCCGUACACCCCACUCCCGUCCAACCGCCCCCACCCUCCCCCGGCUGCCCGUUUCCGCUCUCCACCCCCGCGACCGUGUGCGGCUUCCAACCGCCCAACGGUGUCACACCCCCUGCCCCCUCAUGCCAUCCGCUCCCCCCGCCCCUACCCUCCGCGUGCCCGCUCCCUCGCCGCCUCUUUUGACCCUCCCUGCCCCCCUCGCCGUUACCCACCGCUCGCCAUUCGCUCCUCCCCGCCCGUGCCCUCCCCUCGUUUACCUUCGCCUCCCCCCUCCCCUCCUCUGCUGCACGCCUCUUCCUUCCCCUCGCUAACCCACUCCACUCCCUGCCCCUCCUCAAUCCGCACCCUGCCCCUCGUUUCUCGCCCCCCUACGCUUGGUUUCUCCCCUCCCUGCCCCUCGCCGCCUUUCUCCGCUCCCCACCUCCCCCCUCUCCCUGCCCCCCCACUCUCCUCCACUUGCCCUUGGCUUCCCACCUCCCUGCCCCACCUUUCCCCCCUCCGUGUGCUCAGCUUCUCCCCUCCCUGCCUCUCCCUCCUCCCCGCCCUGCCCCUCAUUUUCCGCCCCCCCACGCCCGGUUUCUCCCCUCCCUGCACCUCCCUUUCUUUCUCCGUGCCUCUCCUUUGCUCCCUCCCUGCCCCCGCCUGCCCAUGCCCCUGUCUUUGGUUUCUCCCCUCCCUGCCCCACGUUUCUUCCCUCCCUGAGAUCACCUUGUACCCCCUCUGCCCCUCCCUUGUUCUCCCCGCACCCAUUGCUUCUCCCCUCCCUGCCCUUGAUUUCCCGCACCCCUGCCCUUGUUUCCUACCAUCCAUGCCCCUCGUUUCCCCUCUUUGUACGUUCACCCUCUUCCCUCCCUGCCCCUCCCUUCCUCCCCCCCUGCCCUUUGCUUUCCCCUCGUUACGCUCCCUUCUCCCCAUCCCUGCUGCCCUCUUACCACCAUCAGCCCGUCCCCACCACCAGCCCCCCUCCCACCCUUCUCCCCCCCCCCCCUCUCCCUCUCUCUCUCUCUCUCUCUCUCUCUUUCUCUCGCACACACACACACACACACACUCCCCUCCCCCACCCCCCACCCACAUCCUCCCGUUCUGCCCCUCCCUGCCCCUGUUCCACCCCCUCGCACGCCCCUCACCUCUCACCUCCGUUCAACUGGAUUCCCCCCCUCUGGUGCAUCCCUUGCAUCGCUCGCCCCUCUGCUCACCCUCUGCCCGCCCCUUUUCCUUGCCCUCAGCUGGCCCAGCCCCUGCCCGUUGCUGCCCCUCCCCUUGCCCCCUCAACUCCCCUGCCCCCCGUACACCCCACUCCCGUCCAACCGCCCCCACCCUCCCCCGGCUGCCCGUUUCCGCUCUCCACCCCCGCGACCGUUCACACCCCCUGCCCCCUCAUGCCAUCCGCUCCCCCCGCCCCUACCCUCCGCGUGCCCGCUCCCUCGCCGCCUCUUUUGACCCUCCCUGCCCCCCUCGCCGUUACCCACCGCUCGCCAUUCGCUCCUCCCCGCCCGUGCCCUCCCCUCGUUUACCUUCGCCUCCCCCCUCCCCUCCUCUGCUGCACGCCUCUUCCUUCCCCUCGCUAACCCACUCCACUCCCUGCCCCUCCUCAAUCCGCACCCUGCCCCUCGUUUCUCGCCCCCCUAUGCUUGGUUUCUCCCCCCCUGCCCUUUGCUUUCCCCUCGUUACGCUCCCUUCUCCCCAUCCCUGCUGCCCUCUUACCACCAUCAGCCCCCCCUGCCCGUUGCUGCCCCUCCCCUUGCCCCCUCAACUCCCCUGCCCCCCGUACACCCCACUCCCGUCCAACCGCCCCCACCCUCCCCCGGCUGCCCGUUUCCGCUCUCCACCCCCGCGACCGUGUGCGGCUUCCAACCGCCCAACGGUGUCACACCCCCUGCCCCCUCAUGCCAUCCGCUCCCCCCGCCCCUACCCUCCGCGUGCCCGCUCCCUCGCCGCCUCUUUUGACCCUCCCUGCCCCCCUCGCCGUUACCCACCGCUCGCCAUUCGCUCCUCCCCGCCCGUGCCCUCCCCUCGUUUACCUUCGCCUCCCCCCUCCCCUCCUCUGCUGCACGCCUCUUCCUUCCCCUCGCUAACCCACUCCACUCCCUGCCCCUCCUCAAUCCGCACCCUGCCCCUCGUUUCUCGCCCCCCUACGCUUGGUUUCUCCCCUCCCUGCCCCUCGCCGCCUUUCUCCGCUCCCCACCUCCCCCCUCUCCCUGCCCCCCCACUCUCCUCCACUUGCCCUUGGCUUCCCACCUCCCUGCCCCACCUUUCCCCCCUCCGUGUGCUCAGCUUCUCCCCUCCCUGCCUCUCCCUCCUCCCCGCCCUGCCCCUCAUUUUCCGCCCCCCCACGCCCGGUUUCUCCCCUCCCUGCACCUCCCUUUCUUUCUCCGUGCCUCUCCUUUGCUCCCUCCCUGCCCCCGCCUGCCCAUGCCCCUGUCUUUGGUUUCUCCCCUCCCUGCCCCACGUUUCUUCCCUCCCUGAGAUCACCUUGUACCCCCUCUGCCCCUCCCUUGUUCUCCCCGCACCCAUUGCUUCUCCCCUCCCUGCCCUUGAUUUCCCGCACCCCUGCCCUUGUUUCCUACCAUCCAUGCCCCUCGUUUCCCCUCUUUGUACGUUCACCCUCUUCCCUCCCUGCCCCUCCCUUCCUCCCCCCCUGCCCUUUGCUUUCCCCUCGUUACGCUCCCUUCUCCCCAUCCCUGCUGCCCUCUUACCACCAUCAGCCCGUCCCCACCACCAGCCCCCCUCCCACCCUUCUCCCCCCCCCCCUCUCCCUCUCUCUCUCUCUCUCUCUCUCUUUCUCUCGCACACACACACACACACACACUCCCCUCCCCCACCCCCCACCCACAUCCUCCCGUUCUGCCCCUCCCUGCCCCUGUUCCACCCCCUCGCACGCCCCUCACCUCUCACCUCCGUUCAACUGGAUUCCCCCCCUCUGGUGCAUCCCUUGCAUCGCUCGCCCCUCUGCUCACCCUCUGCCCGCCCCUUUUCCUUGCCCUCAGCUGGCCCAGCCCCUGCCCGUUGCUGCCCCUCCCCUUGCCCCCUCAACUCCCCUGCCCCCCGUACACCCCACUCCCGUCCAACCGCCCCCACCCUCCCCCGGCUGCCCGUUUCCGCUCUCCACCCCCGCGACCGUUCACACCCCCUGCCCCCUCAUGCCAUCCGCUCCCCCCGCCCCUACCCUCCGCGUGCCCGCUCCCUCGCCGCCUCUUUUGACCCUCCCUGCCCCCCUCGCCGUUACCCACCGCUCGCCAUUCGCUCCUCCCCGCCCGUGCCCUCCCCUCGUUUACCUUCGCCUCCCCCCUCCCCUCCUCUGCUGCACGCCUCUUCCUUCCCCUCGCUAACCCACUCCACUCCCUGCCCCUCCUCAAUCCGCACCCUGCCCCUCGUUUCUCGCCCCCCUAUGCUUGGUUUCUCCCCCCCUGCCCUUUGCUUUCCCCUCGUUACGCUCCCUUCUCCCCAUCCCUGCUGCCCUCUUACCACCAUCAGCCCCCCCUGCCCGUUGCUGCCCCUCCCCUUGCCCCCUCAACUCCCCUGCCCCCCGUACACCCCACUCCCGUCCAACCGCCCCCACCCUCCCCCGGCUGCCCGUUUCCGCUCUCCACCCCCGCGACCGUGUGCGGCUUCCAACCGCCCAACGGUGUCACACCCCCUGCCCCCUCAUGCCAUCCGCUCCCCCCGCCCCUACCCUCCGCGUGCCCGCUCCCUCGCCGCCUCUUUUGACCCUCCCUGCCCCCCUCGCCGUUACCCACCGCUCGCCAUUCGCUCCUCCCCGCCCGUGCCCUCCCCUCGUUUACCUUCGCCUCCCCCCUCCCCUCCUCUGCUGCACGCCUCUUCCUUCCCCUCGCUAACCCACUCCACUCCCUGCCCCUCCUCAAUCCGCACCCUGCCCCUCGUUUCUCGCCCCCCUACGCUUGGUUUCUCCCCUCCCUGCCCCUCGCCGCCUUUCUCCGCUCCCCACCUCCCCCCUCUCCCUGCCCCCCCACUCUCCUCCACUUGCCCUUGGCUUCCCACCUCCCUGCCCCACCUUUCCCCCCUCCGUGUGCUCAGCUUCUCCCCUCCCUGCCUCUCCCUCCUCCCCGCCCUGCCCCUCAUUUUCCGCCCCCCCACGCCCGGUUUCUCCCCUCCCUGCACCUCCCUUUCUUUCUCCGUGCCUCUCCUUUGCUCCCUCCCUGCCCCCGCCUGCCCAUGCCCCUGUCUUUGGUUUCUCCCCUCCCUGCCCCACGUUUCUUCCCUCCCUGAGAUCACCUUGUACCCCCUCUGCCCCUCCCUUGUUCUCCCCGCACCCAUUGCUUCUCCCCUCCCUGCCCUUGAUUUCCCGCACCCCUGCCCUUGUUUCCUACCAUCCAUGCCCCUCGUUUCCCCUCUUUGUACGUUCACCCUCUUCCCUCCCUGCCCCUCCCUUCCUCCCCCCCUGCCCUUUGCUUUCCCCUCCCCCUGCCCGUUGCUGCCCCUCCCCUUGCCCCCUCAACUCCCCUGCCCCCCGUACACCCCACUCCCGUCCAACCGCCCCCACCCUCCCCCGGCUGCCCGUUUCCGCUCUCCACCCCCGCGACCGUGUGCGGCUUCCAACCGCCCAACGGUGUCACACCCCCUGCCCCCUCAUGCCAUCCGCUCCCCCCGCCCCUACCCUCCGCGUGCCCGCUCCCUCGCCGCCUCUUUUGACCCUCCCUGCCCCCCUCGCCGUUACCCACCGCUCGCCAUUCGCUCCUCCCCGCCCGUGCCCUCCCCUCGUUUACCUUCGCCUCCCCCCUCCCCUCCUCUGCUGCACGCCUCUUCCUUCCCCUCGCUAACCCACUCCACUCCCUGCCCCUCCUCAAUCCGCACCCUGCCCCUCGUUUCUCGCCCCCCUAUGCUUGGUUUCUCCCCCCCUGCCCUUUGCUUUCCCCUCGUUACGCUCCCUUCUCCCCAUCCCUGCUGCCCUCUUACCACCAUCAGCCCCCCCUGCCCGUUGCUGCCCCUCCCCUUGCCCCCUCAACUCCCCUGCCCCCCGUACACCCCACUCCCGUCCAACCGCCCCCACCCUCCCCCGGCUGCCCGUUUCCGCUCUCCACCCCCGCGACCGUGUGCGGCUUCCAACCGCCCAACGGUGUCACACCCCCUGCCCCCUCAUGCCAUCCGCUCCCCCCGCCCCUACCCUCCGCGUGCCCGCUCCCUCGCCGCCUCUUUUGACCCUCCCUGCCCCCCUCGCCGUUACCCACCGCUCGCCAUUCGCUCCUCCCCGCCCGUGCCCUCCCCUCGUUUACCUUCGCCUCCCCCCUCCCCUCCUCUGCUGCACGCCUCUUCCUUCCCCUCGCUAACCCACUCCACUCCCUGCCCCUCCUCAAUCCGCACCCUGCCCCUCGUUUCUCGCCCCCCUACGCUUGGUUUCUCCCCUCCCUGCCCCUCGCCGCCUUUCUCCGCUCCCCACCUCCCCCCUCUCCCUGCCCCCCCACUCUCCUCCACUUGCCCUUGGCUUCCCACCUCCCUGCCCCACCUUUCCCCCCUCCGUGUGCUCAGCUUCUCCCCUCCCUGCCUCUCCCUCCUCCCCGCCCUGCCCCUCAUUUUCCGCCCCCCCACGCCCGGUUUCUCCCCUCCCUGCACCUCCCUUUCUUUCUCCGUGCCUCUCCUUUGCUCCCUCCCUGCCCCCGCCUGCCCAUGCCCCUGUCUUUGGUUUCUCCCCUCCCUGCCCCACGUUUCUUCCCUCCCUGAGAUCACCUUGUACCCCCUCUGCCCCUCCCUUGUUCUCCCCGCACCCAUUGCUUCUCCCCUCCCUGCCCUUGAUUUCCCGCACCCCUGCCCUUGUUUCCUACCAUCCAUGCCCCUCGUUUCCCCUCUUUGUACGUUCACCCUCUUCCCUCCCUGCCCCUCCCUUCCUCCCCCCCUGCCCUUUGCUUUCCCCUCCCCCUGCCCGUUGCUGCCCCUCCCCUUGCCCCCUCAACUCCCCUGCCCCCCGUACACCCCACUCCCGUCCAACCGCCCCCACCCUCCCCCGGCUGCCCGUUUCCGCUCUCCACCCCCGCGACCGUGUGCGGCUUCCAACCGCCCAACGGUGUCACACCCCCUGCCCCCUCAUGCCAUCCGCUCCCCCCGCCCCUACCCUCCGCGUGCCCGCUCCCUCGCCGCCUCUUUUGACCCUCCCUGCCCCCCUCGCCGUUACCCACCGCUCGCCAUUCGCUCCUCCCCGCCCGUGCCCUCCCCUCGUUUACCUUCGCCUCCCCCCUCCCCUCCUCUGCUGCACGCCUCUUCCUUCCCCUCGCUAACCCACUCCACUCCCUGCCCCUCCUCAAUCCGCACCCUGCCCCUCGUUUCUCGCCCCCCUACGCUUGGUUUCUCCCCUCCCUGCCCCUCGCCGCCUUUCUCCGCUCCCCACCUCCCCCCUCUCCCUGCCCCCCCACUCUCCUCCACUUGCCCUUGGCUUCCCACCUCCCUGCCCCACCUUUCCCCCCUCCGUGUGCUCAGCUUCUCCCCUCCCUGCCUCUCCCUCCUCCCCGCCCUGCCCCUCAUUUUCCGCCCCCCCACGCCCGGUUUCUCCCCUCCCUGCACCUCCCUUUCUUUCUCCGUGCCUCUCCUUUGCUCCCUCCCUGCCCCCGCCUGCCCAUGCCCCUGUCUUUGGUUUCUCCCCUCCCUGCCCCACGUUUCUUCCCUCCCUGAGAUCACCUUGUACCCCCUCUGCCCCUCCCUUGUUCUCCCCGCACCCAUUGCUUCUCCCCUCCCUGCCCUUGAUUUCCCGCACCCCUGCCCUUGUUUCCUACCAUCCAUGCCCCUCGUUUCCCCUCUUUGUACGUUCACCCUCUUCCCUCCCUGCCCCUCCCUUCCUCCCCCCCUGCCCUUUGCUUUCCCCUCCCCCUGCCCGUUGCUGCCCCUCCCCUUGCCCCCUCAACUCCCCUGCCCCCCGUACACCCCACUCCCGUCCAACCGCCCCCACCCUCCCCCGGCUGCCCGUUUCCGCUCUCCACCCCCGCGACCGUGUGCGGCUUCCAACCGCCCAACGGUGUCACACCCCCUGCCCCCUCAUGCCAUCCGCUCCCCCCGCCCCUACCCUCCGCGUGCCCGCUCCCUCGCCGCCUCUUUUGACCCUCCCUGCCCCCCUCGCCGUUACCCACCGCUCGCCAUUCGCUCCUCCCCGCCCGUGCCCUCCCCUCGUUUACCUUCGCCUCCCCCCUCCCCUCCUCUGCUGCACGCCUCUUCCUUCCCCUCGCUAACCCACUCCACUCCCUGCCCCUCCUCAAUCCGCACCCUGCCCCUCGUUUCUCGCCCCCCUAUGCUUGGUUUCUCCCCCCCUGCCCUUUGCUUUCCCCUCGUUACGCUCCCUUCUCCCCAUCCCUGCUGCCCUCUUACCACCAUCAGCCCCCCCUGCCCGUUGCUGCCCCUCCCCUUGCCCCCUCAACUCCCCUGCCCCCCGUACACCCCACUCCCGUCCAACCGCCCCCACCCUCCCCCGGCUGCCCGUUUCCGCUCUCCACCCCCGCGACCGUGUGCGGCUUCCAACCGCCCAACGGUGUCACACCCCCUGCCCCCUCAUGCCAUCCGCUCCCCCCGCCCCUACCCUCCGCGUGCCCGCUCCCUCGCCGCCUCUUUUGACCCUCCCUGCCCCCCUCGCCGUUACCCACCGCUCGCCAUUCGCUCCUCCCCGCCCGUGCCCUCCCCUCGUUUACCUUCGCCUCCCCCCUCCCCUCCUCUGCUGCACGCCUCUUCCUUCCCCUCGCUAACCCACUCCACUCCCUGCCCCUCCUCAAUCCGCACCCUGCCCCUCGUUUCUCGCCCCCCUACGCUUGGUUUCUCCCCUCCCUGCCCCUCGCCGCCUUUCUCCGCUCCCCACCUCCCCCCUCUCCCUGCCCCCCCACUCUCCUCCACUUGCCCUUGGCUUCCCACCUCCCUGCCCCACCUUUCCCCCCUCCGUGUGCUCAGCUUCUCCCCUCCCUGCCUCUCCCUCCUCCCCGCCCUGCCCCUCAUUUUCCGCCCCCCCACGCCCGGUUUCUCCCCUCCCUGCACCUCCCUUUCUUUCUCCGUGCCUCUCCUUUGCUCCCUCCCUGCCCCCGCCUGCCCAUGCCCCUGUCUUUGGUUUCUCCCCUCCCUGCCCCACGUUUCUUCCCUCCCUGAGAUCACCUUGUACCCCCUCUGCCCCUCCCUUGUUCUCCCCGCACCCAUUGCUUCUCCCCUCCCUGCCCUUGAUUUCCCGCACCCCUGCCCUUGUUUCCUACCAUCCAUGCCCCUCGUUUCCCCUCUUUGUACGUUCACCCUCUUCCCUCCCUGCCCCUCCCUUCCUCCCCCCCUGCCCUUUGCUUUCCCCUCGUUACGCUCCCUUCUCCCCAUCCCUGCUGCCCUCUUACCACCAUCAGCCCGUCCCCACCACCAGCCCCCCUCCCACCCUUCUCCCCCCCCCCCUCUCCCUCUCUCUCUCUCUCUCUCUCUCUUUCUCUCGCACACACACACACACACACACUCCCCUCCCCCACCCCCCACCCACAUCCUCCCGUUCUGCCCCUCCCUGCCCCUGUUCCACCCCCUCGCACGCCCCUCACCUCUCACCUCCGUUCAACUGGAUUCCCCCCCUCUGGUGCAUCCCUUGCAUCGCUCGCCCCUCUGCUCACCCUCUGCCCGCCCCUUUUCCUUGCCCUCAGCUGGCCCAGCCCCUGCCCGUUGCUGCCCCUCCCCUUGCCCCCUCAACUCCCCUGCCCCCCGUACACCCCACUCCCGUCCAACCGCCCCCACCCUCCCCCGGCUGCCCGUUUCCGCUCUCCACCCCCGCGACCGUUCACACCCCCUGCCCCCUCAUGCCAUCCGCUCCCCCCGCCCCUACCCUCCGCGUGCCCGCUCCCUCGCCGCCUCUUUUGACCCUCCCUGCCCCCCUCGCCGUUACCCACCGCUCGCCAUUCGCUCCUCCCCGCCCGUGCCCUCCCCUCGUUUACCUUCGCCUCCCCCCUCCCCUCCUCUGCUGCACGCCUCUUCCUUCCCCUCGCUAACCCACUCCACUCCCUGCCCCUCCUCAAUCCGCACCCUGCCCCUCGUUUCUCGCCCCCCUAUGCUUGGUUUCUCCCCCCCUGCCCUUUGCUUUCCCCUCGUUACGCUCCCUUCUCCCCAUCCCUGCUGCCCUCUUACCACCAUCAGCCCGUCCCCACCACCAGCCCCCCUCCCACCCUUCUCCCCCCCCCCUCUCCCUCUCUCUCUCUCUCUCUCUAUCUCUCUCACUCUCUCUCUCUCUCUCUCUCUUUCUCUCGCACACACACACACACACACACUCCCCUCCCCCACCCCCCACCCACAUCCUCCCGUUCUGCCCCUCCCUGCCCCUGUUCCACCCCCUCGCACGCCCCUCACCUCUCACCUCCGUUCAACUGGAUUCCCCCCCUCUGGUGCAUCCCUUGCAUCGCUCGCCCCUCUGCUCACCCUCUGCCCGCCCCUUUUCCUUGCCCUCAGCUGGCCCAGCCCCUGCCCGUUGCUGCCCCUCCCCUUGCCCCCUCAACUCCCCUGCCCCCCGUACACCCCACUCCCGUCCAACCGCCCCCACCCUCCCCCGGCUGCCCGUUUCCGCUCUCCACCCCCGCGACCGUGUGCGGCUUCCAACCGCCCAACGGUGUCACACCCCCUGCCCCCUCAUGCCAUCCGCUCCCCCCGCCCCUACCCUCCGCGUGCCCGCUCCCUCGCCGCCUCUUUUGACCCUCCCUGCCCCCCUCGCCGUUACCCACCGCUCGCCAUUCGCUCCUCCCCGCCCGUGCCCUCCCCUCGUUUACCUUCGCCUCCCCCCUCCCCUCCUCUGCUGCACGCCUCUUCCUUCCCCUCGCUAACCCACUCCACUCCCUGCCCCUCCUCAAUCCGCACCCUGCCCCUCGUUUCUCGCCCCCCUAUGCUUGGUUUCUCCCCCCCUGCCCUUUGCUUUCCCCUCGUUACGCUCCCUUCUCCCCAUCCCUGCUGCCCUCUUACCACCAUCAGCCCGUCCCCACCACCAGCCCCCCUCCCACCCUUCUCCCCCCCCCCUCUCCCUCUCUCUCUCUCUCUCUCUAUCUCUCUCACUCUCUCUCUCUCUCUCUCUCUUUCUCUCGCACACACACACACACACACACUCCCCUCCCCCACCCCCCACCCACAUCCUCCCGUUCUGCCCCUCCCUGCCCCUGUUCCACCCCCUCGCACGCCCCUCACCUCUCACCUCCGUUCAACUGGAUUCCCCCCCUCUGGUGCAUCCCUUGCAUCGCUCGCCCCUCUGCUCACCCUCUGCCCGCCCCUUUUCCUUGCCCUCAGCUGGCCCAGCCCCUGCCCGUUGCUGCCCCUCCCCUUGCCCCCUCAACUCCCCUGCCCCCCGUACACCCCACUCCCGUCCAACCGCCCCCACCCUCCCCCGGCUGCCCGUUUCCGCUCUCCACCCCCGCGACCGUGUGCGGCUUCCAACCGCCCAACGGUGUCACACCCCCUGCCCCCUCAUGCCAUCCGCUCCCCCCGCCCCUACCCUCCGCGUGCCCGCUCCCUCGCCGCCUCUUUUGACCCUCCCUGCCCCCCUCGCCGUUACCCACCGCUCGCCAUUCGCUCCUCCCCGCCCGUGCCCUCCCCUCGUUUACCUUCGCCUCCCCCCUCCCCUCCUCUGCUGCACGCCUCUUCCUUCCCCUCGCUAACCCACUCCACUCCCUGCCCCUCCUCAAUCCGCACCCUGCCCCUCGUUUCUCGCCCCCCUACGCUUGGUUUCUCCCCUCCCUGCCCCUCGCCGCCUUUCUCCGCUCCCCACCUCCCCCCUCUCCCUGCCCCCCCACUCUCCUCCACUUGCCCUUGGCUUCCCACCUCCCUGCCCCACCUUUCCCCCCUCCGUGUGCUCAGCUUCUCCCCUCCCUGCCUCUCCCUCCUCCCCGCCCUGCCCCUCAUUUUCCGCCCCCCCACGCCCGGUUUCUCCCCUCCCUGCACCUCCCUUUCUUUCUCCGUGCCUCUCCUUUGCUCCCUCCCUGCCCCCGCCUGCCCAUGCCCCUGUCUUUGGUUUCUCCCCUCCCUGCCCCACGUUUCUUCCCUCCCUGAGAUCACCUUGUACCCCCUCUGCCCCUCCCUUGUUCUCCCCGCACCCAUUGCUUCUCCCCUCCCUGCCCUUGAUUUCCCGCACCCCUGCCCUUGUUUCCUACCAUCCAUGCCCCUCGUUUCCCCUCUUUGUACGUUCACCCUCUUCCCUCCCUGCCCCUCCCUUCCUCCCCCCCUGCCCUUUGCUUUCCCCUCGUUACGCUCCCUUCUCCCCAUCCCUGCUGCCCUCUUACCACCAUCAGCCCGUCCCCACCACCAGCCCCCCUCCCACCCUUCUCCCCCCCCCCCUCUCCCUCUCUCUCUCUCUCUCUCUCUCUUUCUCUCGCACACACACACACACACACACUCCCCUCCCCCACCCCCCACCCACAUCCUCCCGUUCUGCCCCUCCCUGCCCCUGUUCCACCCCCUCGCACGCCCCUCACCUCUCACCUCCGUUCAACUGGAUUCCCCCCCUCUGGUGCAUCCCUUGCAUCGCUCGCCCCUCUGCUCACCCUCUGCCCGCCCCUUUUCCUUGCCCUCAGCUGGCCCAGCCCCUGCCCGUUGCUGCCCCUCCCCUUGCCCCCUCAACUCCCCUGCCCCCCGUACACCCCACUCCCGUCCAACCGCCCCCACCCUCCCCCGGCUGCCCGUUUCCGCUCUCCACCCCCGCGACCGUUCACACCCCCUGCCCCCUCAUGCCAUCCGCUCCCCCCGCCCCUACCCUCCGCGUGCCCGCUCCCUCGCCGCCUCUUUUGACCCUCCCUGCCCCCCUCGCCGUUACCCACCGCUCGCCAUUCGCUCCUCCCCGCCCGUGCCCUCCCCUCGUUUACCUUCGCCUCCCCCCUCCCCUCCUCUGCUGCACGCCUCUUCCUUCCCCUCGCUAACCCACUCCACUCCCUGCCCCUCCUCAAUCCGCACCCUGCCCCUCGUUUCUCGCCCCCCUACGCUUGGUUUCUCCCCUCCCUGCCCCUCGCCGCCUUUCUCCGCUCCCCACCUCCCCCCUCUCCCUGCCCCCCCACUCUCCUCCACUUGCCCUUGGCUUCCCACCUCCCUGCCCCACCUUUCCCCCCUCCGUGUGCUCAGCUUCUCCCCUCCCUGCCUCUCCCUCCUCCCCGCCCUGCCCCUCAUUUUCCGCCCCCCCACGCCCGGUUUCUCCCCUCCCUGCACCUCCCUUUCUUUCUCCGUGCCUCUCCUUUGCUCCCUCCCUGCCCCCGCCUGCCCAUGCCCCUGUCUUUGGUUUCUCCCCUCCCUGCCCCACGUUUCUUCCCUCCCUGAGAUCACCUUGUACCCCCUCUGCCCCUCCCUUGUUCUCCCCGCACCCAUUGCUUCUCCCCUCCCUGCCCUUGAUUUCCCGCACCCCUGCCCUUGUUUCCUACCAUCCAUGCCCCUCGUUUCCCCUCUUUGUACGUUCACCCUCUUCCCUCCCUGCCCCUCCCUUCCUCCCCCCCUGCCCUUUGCUUUCCCCUCGUUACGCUCCCUUCUCCCCAUCCCUGCUGCCCUCUUACCACCAUCAGCCCGUCCCCACCACCAGCCCCCCUCCCACCCUUCUCCCCCCCCCCCUCUCCCUCUCUCUCUCUCUCUCUCUCUCUUUCUCUCGCACACACACACACACACACACUCCCCUCCCCCACCCCCCACCCACAUCCUCCCGUUCUGCCCCUCCCUGCCCCUGUUCCACCCCCUCGCACGCCCCUCACCUCUCACCUCCGUUCAACUGGAUUCCCCCCCUCUGGUGCAUCCCUUGCAUCGCUCGCCCCUCUGCUCACCCUCUGCCCGCCCCUUUUCCUUGCCCUCAGCUGGCCCAGCCCCUGCCCGUUGCUGCCCCUCCCCUUGCCCCCUCAACUCCCCUGCCCCCCGUACACCCCACUCCCGUCCAACCGCCCCCACCCUCCCCCGGCUGCCCGUUUCCGCUCUCCACCCCCGCGACCGUUCACACCCCCUGCCCCCUCAUGCCAUCCGCUCCCCCCGCCCCUACCCUCCGCGUGCCCGCUCCCUCGCCGCCUCUUUUGACCCUCCCUGCCCCCCUCGCCGUUACCCACCGCUCGCCAUUCGCUCCUCCCCGCCCGUGCCCUCCCCUCGUUUACCUUCGCCUCCCCCCUCCCCUCCUCUGCUGCACGCCUCUUCCUUCCCCUCGCUAACCCACUCCACUCCCUGCCCCUCCUCAAUCCGCACCCUGCCCCUCGUUUCUCGCCCCCCUACGCUUGGUUUCUCCCCUCCCUGCCCCUCGCCGCCUUUCUCCGCUCCCCACCUCCCCCCUCUCCCUGCCCCCCCACUCUCCUCCACUUGCCCUUGGCUUCCCACCUCCCUGCCCCACCUUUCCCCCCUCCGUGUGCUCAGCUUCUCCCCUCCCUGCCUCUCCCUCCUCCCCGCCCUGCCCCUCAUUUUCCGCCCCCCCACGCCCGGUUUCUCCCCUCCCUGCACCUCCCUUUCUUUCUCCGUGCCUCUCCUUUGCUCCCUCCCUGCCCCCGCCUGCCCAUGCCCCUGUCUUUGGUUUCUCCCCUCCCUGCCCCACGUUUCUUCCCUCCCUGAGAUCACCUUGUACCCCCUCUGCCCCUCCCUUGUUCUCCCCGCACCCAUUGCUUCUCCCCUCCCUGCCCUUGAUUUCCCGCACCCCUGCCCUUGUUUCCUACCAUCCAUGCCCCUCGUUUCCCCUCUUUGUACGUUCACCCUCUUCCCUCCCUGCCCCUCCCUUCCUCCCCCCCUGCCCUUUGCUUUCCCCUCGUUACGCUCCCUUCUCCCCAUCCCUGCUGCCCUCUUACCACCAUCAGCCCGUCCCCACCACCAGCCCCCCUCCCACCCUUCUCCCCCCCCCCCCUCUCCCUCUCUCUCUCUCUCUCUCUCUCUUUCUCUCGCACACACACACACACACACACUCCCCUCCCCCACCCCCCACCCACAUCCUCCCGUUCUGCCCCUCCCUGCCCCUGUUCCACCCCCUCGCACGCCCCUCACCUCUCACCUCCGUUCAACUGGAUUCCCCCCCUCUGGUGCAUCCCUUGCAUCGCUCGCCCCUCUGCUCACCCUCUGCCCGCCCCUUUUCCUUGCCCUCAGCUGGCCCAGCCCCUGCCCGUUGCUGCCCCUCCCCUUGCCCCCUCAACUCCCCUGCCCCCCGUACACCCCACUCCCGUCCAACCGCCCCCACCCUCCCCCGGCUGCCCGUUUCCGCUCUCCACCCCCGCGACCGUGUGCGGCUUCCAACCGCCCAACGGUGUCACACCCCCUGCCCCCUCAUGCCAUCCGCUCCCCCCGCCCCUACCCUCCGCGUGCCCGCUCCCUCGCCGCCUCUUUUGACCCUCCCUGCCCCCCUCGCCGUUACCCACCGCUCGCCAUUCGCUCCUCCCCGCCCGUGCCCUCCCCUCGUUUACCUUCGCCUCCCCCCUCCCCUCCUCUGCUGCACGCCUCUUCCUUCCCCUCGCUAACCCACUCCACUCCCUGCCCCUCCUCAAUCCGCACCCUGCCCCUCGUUUCUCGCCCCCCUACGCUUGGUUUCUCCCCUCCCUGCCCCUCGCCGCCUUUCUCCGCUCCCCACCUCCCCCCUCUCCCUGCCCCCCCACUCUCCUCCACUUGCCCUUGGCUUCCCACCUCCCUGCCCCACCUUUCCCCCCUCCGUGUGCUCAGCUUCUCCCCUCCCUGCCUCUCCCUCCUCCCCGCCCUGCCCCUCAUUUUCCGCCCCCCCACGCCCGGUUUCUCCCCUCCCUGCACCUCCCUUUCUUUCUCCGUGCCUCUCCUUUGCUCCCUCCCUGCCCCCGCCUGCCCAUGCCCCUGUCUUUGGUUUCUCCCCUCCCUGCCCCACGUUUCUUCCCUCCCUGAGAUCACCUUGUACCCCCUCUGCCCCUCCCUUGUUCUCCCCGCACCCAUUGCUUCUCCCCUCCCUGCCCUUGAUUUCCCGCACCCCUGCCCUUGUUUCCUACCAUCCAUGCCCCUCGUUUCCCCUCUUUGUACGUUCACCCUCUUCCCUCCCUGCCCCUCCCUUCCUCCCCCCCUGCCCUUUGCUUUCCCCUCGUUACGCUCCCUUCUCCCCAUCCCUGCUGCCCUCUUACCACCAUCAGCCCGUCCCCACCACCAGCCCCCCUCCCACCCUUCUCCCCCCCCCCCCUCUCCCUCUCUCUCUCUCUCUCUCUCUCUUUCUCUCGCACACACACACACACACACACUCCCCUCCCCCACCCCCCACCCACAUCCUCCCGUUCUGCCCCUCCCUGCCCCUGUUCCACCCCCUCGCACGCCCCUCACCUCUCACCUCCGUUCAACUGGAUUCCCCCCCUCUGGUGCAUCCCUUGCAUCGCUCGCCCCUCUGCUCACCCUCUGCCCGCCCCUUUUCCUUGCCCUCAGCUGGCCCAGCCCCUGCCCGUUGCUGCCCCUCCCCUUGCCCCCUCAACUCCCCUGCCCCCCGUACACCCCACUCCCGUCCAACCGCCCCCACCCUCCCCCGGCUGCCCGUUUCCGCUCUCCACCCCCGCGACCGUGUGCGGCUUCCAACCGCCCAACGGUGUCACACCCCCUGCCCCCUCAUGCCAUCCGCUCCCCCCGCCCCUACCCUCCGCGUGCCCGCUCCCUCGCCGCCUCUUUUGACCCUCCCUGCCCCCCUCGCCGUUACCCACCGCUCGCCAUUCGCUCCUCCCCGCCCGUGCCCUCCCCUCGUUUACCUUCGCCUCCCCCCUCCCCUCCUCUGCUGCACGCCUCUUCCUUCCCCUCGCUAACCCACUCCACUCCCUGCCCCUCCUCAAUCCGCACCCUGCCCCUCGUUUCUCGCCCCCCUAUGCUUGGUUUCUCCCCCCCUGCCCUUUGCUUUCCCCUCGUUACGCUCCCUUCUCCCCAUCCCUGCUGCCCUCUUACCACCAUCAGCCCCCCCUGCCCGUUGCUGCCCCUCCCCUUGCCCCCUCAACUCCCCUGCCCCCCGUACACCCCACUCCCGUCCAACCGCCCCCACCCUCCCCCGGCUGCCCGUUUCCGCUCUCCACCCCCGCGACCGUGUGCGGCUUCCAACCGCCCAACGGUGUCACACCCCCUGCCCCCUCAUGCCAUCCGCUCCCCCCGCCCCUACCCUCCGCGUGCCCGCUCCCUCGCCGCCUCUUUUGACCCUCCCUGCCCCCCUCGCCGUUACCCACCGCUCGCCAUUCGCUCCUCCCCGCCCGUGCCCUCCCCUCGUUUACCUUCGCCUCCCCCCUCCCCUCCUCUGCUGCACGCCUCUUCCUUCCCCUCGCUAACCCACUCCACUCCCUGCCCCUCCUCAAUCCGCACCCUGCCCCUCGUUUCUCGCCCCCCUACGCUUGGUUUCUCCCCUCCCUGCCCCUCGCCGCCUUUCUCCGCUCCCCACCUCCCCCCUCUCCCUGCCCCCCCACUCUCCUCCACUUGCCCUUGGCUUCCCACCUCCCUGCCCCACCUUUCCCCCCUCCGUGUGCUCAGCUUCUCCCCUCCCUGCCUCUCCCUCCUCCCCGCCCUGCCCCUCAUUUUCCGCCCCCCCACGCCCGGUUUCUCCCCUCCCUGCACCUCCCUUUCUUUCUCCGUGCCUCUCCUUUGCUCCCUCCCUGCCCCCGCCUGCCCAUGCCCCUGUCUUUGGUUUCUCCCCUCCCUGCCCCACGUUUCUUCCCUCCCUGAGAUCACCUUGUACCCCCUCUGCCCCUCCCUUGUUCUCCCCGCACCCAUUGCUUCUCCCCUCCCUGCCCUUGAUUUCCCGCACCCCUGCCCUUGUUUCCUACCAUCCAUGCCCCUCGUUUCCCCUCUUUGUACGUUCACCCUCUUCCCUCCCUGCCCCUCCCUUCCUCCCCCCCUGCCCUUUGCUUUCCCCUCCCCCUGCCCGUUGCUGCCCCUCCCCUUGCCCCCUCAACUCCCCUGCCCCCCGUACACCCCACUCCCGUCCAACCGCCCCCACCCUCCCCCGGCUGCCCGUUUCCGCUCUCCACCCCCGCGACCGUGUGCGGCUUCCAACCGCCCAACGGUGUCACACCCCCUGCCCCCUCAUGCCAUCCGCUCCCCCCGCCCCUACCCUCCGCGUGCCCGCUCCCUCGCCGCCUCUUUUGACCCUCCCUGCCCCCCUCGCCGUUACCCACCGCUCGCCAUUCGCUCCUCCCCGCCCGUGCCCUCCCCUCGUUUACCUUCGCCUCCCCCCUCCCCUCCUCUGCUGCACGCCUCUUCCUUCCCCUCGCUAACCCACUCCACUCCCUGCCCCUCCUCAAUCCGCACCCUGCCCCUCGUUUCUCGCCCCCCUACGCUUGGUUUCUCCCCUCCCUGCCCCUCGCCGCCUUUCUCCGCUCCCCACCUCCCCCCUCUCCCUGCCCCCCCACUCUCCUCCACUUGCCCUUGGCUUCCCACCUCCCUGCCCCACCUUUCCCCCCUCCGUGUGCUCAGCUUCUCCCCUCCCUGCCUCUCCCUCCUCCCCGCCCUGCCCCUCAUUUUCCGCCCCCCCACGCCCGGUUUCUCCCCUCCCUGCACCUCCCUUUCUUUCUCCGUGCCUCUCCUUUGCUCCCUCCCUGCCCCCGCCUGCCCAUGCCCCUGUCUUUGGUUUCUCCCCUCCCUGCCCCACGUUUCUUCCCUCCCUGAGAUCACCUUGUACCCCCUCUGCCCCUCCCUUGUUCUCCCCGCACCCAUUGCUUCUCCCCUCCCUGCCCUUGAUUUCCCGCACCCCUGCCCUUGUUUCCUACCAUCCAUGCCCCUCGUUUCCCCUCUUUGUACGUUCACCCUCUUCCCUCCCUGCCCCUCCCUUCCUCCCCCCCUGCCCUUUGCUUUCCCCUCGUUACGCUCCCUUCUCCCCAUCCCUGCUGCCCUCUUACCACCAUCAGCCCGUCCCCACCACCAGCCCCCCUCCCACCCUUCUCCCCCCCCCCCCUCUCCCUCUCUCUCUCUCUCUCUCUCUCUCUUUCUCUCGCACACACACACACACACACACUCCCCUCCCCCACCCCCCACCCACAUCCUCCCGUUCUGCCCCUCCCUGCCCCUGUUCCACCCCCUCGCACGCCCCUCACCUCUCACCUCCGUUCAACUGGAUUCCCCCCCUCUGGUGCAUCCCUUGCAUCGCUCGCCCCUCUGCUCACCCUCUGCCCGCCCCUUUUCCUUGCCCUCAGCUGGCCCAGCCCCUGCCCGUUGCUGCCCCUCCCCUUGCCCCCUCAACUCCCCUGCCCCCCGUACACCCCACUCCCGUCCAACCGCCCCCACCCUCCCCCGGCUGCCCGUUUCCGCUCUCCACCCCCGCGACCGUUCACACCCCCUGCCCCCUCAUGCCAUCCGCUCCCCCCGCCCCUACCCUCCGCGUGCCCGCUCCCUCGCCGCCUCUUUUGACCCUCCCUGCCCCCCUCGCCGUUACCCACCGCUCGCCAUUCGCUCCUCCCCGCCCGUGCCCUCCCCUCGUUUACCUUCGCCUCCCCCCUCCCCUCCUCUGCUGCACGCCUCUUCCUUCCCCUCGCUAACCCACUCCACUCCCUGCCCCUCCUCAAUCCGCACCCUGCCCCUCGUUUCUCGCCCCCCUAUGCUUGGUUUCUCCCCCCCUGCCCUUUGCUUUCCCCUCGUUACGCUCCCUUCUCCCCAUCCCUGCUGCCCUCUUACCACCAUCAGCCCCCCCUGCCCGUUGCUGCCCCUCCCCUUGCCCCCUCAACUCCCCUGCCCCCCGUACACCCCACUCCCGUCCAACCGCCCCCACCCUCCCCCGGCUGCCCGUUUCCGCUCUCCACCCCCGCGACCGUGUGCGGCUUCCAACCGCCCAACGGUGUCACACCCCCUGCCCCCUCAUGCCAUCCGCUCCCCCCGCCCCUACCCUCCGCGUGCCCGCUCCCUCGCCGCCUCUUUUGACCCUCCCUGCCCCCCUCGCCGUUACCCACCGCUCGCCAUUCGCUCCUCCCCGCCCGUGCCCUCCCCUCGUUUACCUUCGCCUCCCCCCUCCCCUCCUCUGCUGCACGCCUCUUCCUUCCCCUCGCUAACCCACUCCACUCCCUGCCCCUCCUCAAUCCGCACCCUGCCCCUCGUUUCUCGCCCCCCUACGCUUGGUUUCUCCCCUCCCUGCCCCUCGCCGCCUUUCUCCGCUCCCCACCUCCCCCCUCUCCCUGCCCCCCCACUCUCCUCCACUUGCCCUUGGCUUCCCACCUCCCUGCCCCACCUUUCCCCCCUCCGUGUGCUCAGCUUCUCCCCUCCCUGCCUCUCCCUCCUCCCCGCCCUGCCCCUCAUUUUCCGCCCCCCCACGCCCGGUUUCUCCCCUCCCUGCACCUCCCUUUCUUUCUCCGUGCCUCUCCUUUGCUCCCUCCCUGCCCCCGCCUGCCCAUGCCCCUGUCUUUGGUUUCUCCCCUCCCUGCCCCACGUUUCUUCCCUCCCUGAGAUCACCUUGUACCCCCUCUGCCCCUCCCUUGUUCUCCCCGCACCCAUUGCUUCUCCCCUCCCUGCCCUUGAUUUCCCGCACCCCUGCCCUUGUUUCCUACCAUCCAUGCCCCUCGUUUCCCCUCUUUGUACGUUCACCCUCUUCCCUCCCUGCCCCUCCCUUCCUCCCCCCCUGCCCUUUGCUUUCCCCUCGUUACGCUCCCUUCUCCCCAUCCCUGCUGCCCUCUUACCACCAUCAGCCCGUCCCCACCACCAGCCCCCCUCCCACCCUUCUCCCCCCCCCCCCUCUCCCUCUCUCUCUCUCUCUCUCUCUCUUUCUCUCGCACACACACACACACACACACUCCCCUCCCCCACCCCCCACCCACAUCCUCCCGUUCUGCCCCUCCCUGCCCCUGUUCCACCCCCUCGCACGCCCCUCACCUCUCACCUCCGUUCAACUGGAUUCCCCCCCUCUGGUGCAUCCCUUGCAUCGCUCGCCCCUCUGCUCACCCUCUGCCCGCCCCUUUUCCUUGCCCUCAGCUGGCCCAGCCCCUGCCCGUUGCUGCCCCUCCCCUUGCCCCCUCAACUCCCCUGCCCCCCGUACACCCCACUCCCGUCCAACCGCCCCCACCCUCCCCCGGCUGCCCGUUUCCGCUCUCCACCCCCGCGACCGUGUGCGGCUUCCAACCGCCCAACGGUGUCACACCCCCUGCCCCCUCAUGCCAUCCGCUCCCCCCGCCCCUACCCUCCGCGUGCCCGCUCCCUCGCCGCCUCUUUUGACCCUCCCUGCCCCCCUCGCCGUUACCCACCGCUCGCCAUUCGCUCCUCCCCGCCCGUGCCCUCCCCUCGUUUACCUUCGCCUCCCCCCUCCCCUCCUCUGCUGCACGCCUCUUCCUUCCCCUCGCUAACCCACUCCACUCCCUGCCCCUCCUCAAUCCGCACCCUGCCCCUCGUUUCUCGCCCCCCUACGCUUGGUUUCUCCCCUCCCUGCCCCUCGCCGCCUUUCUCCGCUCCCCACCUCCCCCCUCUCCCUGCCCCCCCACUCUCCUCCACUUGCCCUUGGCUUCCCACCUCCCUGCCCCACCUUUCCCCCCUCCGUGUGCUCAGCUUCUCCCCUCCCUGCCUCUCCCUCCUCCCCGCCCUGCCCCUCAUUUUCCGCCCCCCCACGCCCGGUUUCUCCCCUCCCUGCACCUCCCUUUCUUUCUCCGUGCCUCUCCUUUGCUCCCUCCCUGCCCCCGCCUGCCCAUGCCCCUGUCUUUGGUUUCUCCCCUCCCUGCCCCACGUUUCUUCCCUCCCUGAGAUCACCUUGUACCCCCUCUGCCCCUCCCUUGUUCUCCCCGCACCCAUUGCUUCUCCCCUCCCUGCCCUUGAUUUCCCGCACCCCUGCCCUUGUUUCCUACCAUCCAUGCCCCUCGUUUCCCCUCUUUGUACGUUCACCCUCUUCCCUCCCUGCCCCUCCCUUCCUCCCCCCCUGCCCUUUGCUUUCCCCUCGUUACGCUCCCUUCUCCCCAUCCCUGCUGCCCUCUUACCACCAUCAGCCCGUCCCCACCACCAGCCCCCCUCCCACCCUUCUCCCCCCCCCCCCUCUCCCUCUCUCUCUCUCUCUCUCUCUCUCUUUCUCUCGCACACACACACACACACACACUCCCCUCCCCCACCCCCCACCCACAUCCUCCCGUUCUGCCCCUCCCUGCCCCUGUUCCACCCCCUCGCACGCCCCUCACCUCUCACCUCCGUUCAACUGGAUUCCCCCCCUCUGGUGCAUCCCUUGCAUCGCUCGCCCCUCUGCUCACCCUCUGCCCGCCCCUUUUCCUUGCCCUCAGCUGGCCCAGCCCCUGCCCGUUGCUGCCCCUCCCCUUGCCCCCUCAACUCCCCUGCCCCCCGUACACCCCACUCCCGUCCAACCGCCCCCACCCUCCCCCGGCUGCCCGUUUCCGCUCUCCACCCCCGCGACCGUUCACACCCCCUGCCCCCUCAUGCCAUCCGCUCCCCCCGCCCCUACCCUCCGCGUGCCCGCUCCCUCGCCGCCUCUUUUGACCCUCCCUGCCCCCCUCGCCGUUACCCACCGCUCGCCAUUCGCUCCUCCCCGCCCGUGCCCUCCCCUCGUUUACCUUCGCCUCCCCCCUCCCCUCCUCUGCUGCACGCCUCUUCCUUCCCCUCGCUAACCCACUCCACUCCCUGCCCCUCCUCAAUCCGCACCCUGCCCCUCGUUUCUCGCCCCCCUACGCUUGGUUUCUCCCCUCCCUGCCCCUCGCCGCCUUUCUCCGCUCCCCACCUCCCCCCUCUCCCUGCCCCCCCACUCUCCUCCACUUGCCCUUGGCUUCCCACCUCCCUGCCCCACCUUUCCCCCCUCCGUGUGCUCAGCUUCUCCCCUCCCUGCCUCUCCCUCCUCCCCGCCCUGCCCCUCAUUUUCCGCCCCCCCACGCCCGGUUUCUCCCCUCCCUGCACCUCCCUUUCUUUCUCCGUGCCUCUCCUUUGCUCCCUCCCUGCCCCCGCCUGCCCAUGCCCCUGUCUUUGGUUUCUCCCCUCCCUGCCCCACGUUUCUUCCCUCCCUGAGAUCACCUUGUACCCCCUCUGCCCCUCCCUUGUUCUCCCCGCACCCAUUGCUUCUCCCCUCCCUGCCCUUGAUUUCCCGCACCCCUGCCCUUGUUUCCUACCAUCCAUGCCCCUCGUUUCCCCUCUUUGUACGUUCACCCUCUUCCCUCCCUGCCCCUCCCUUCCUCCCCCCCUGCCCUUUGCUUUCCCCUCCCCCUGCCCGUUGCUGCCCCUCCCCUUGCCCCCUCAACUCCCCUGCCCCCCGUACACCCCACUCCCGUCCAACCGCCCCCACCCUCCCCCGGCUGCCCGUUUCCGCUCUCCACCCCCGCGACCGUGUGCGGCUUCCAACCGCCCAACGGUGUCACACCCCCUGCCCCCUCAUGCCAUCCGCUCCCCCCGCCCCUACCCUCCGCGUGCCCGCUCCCUCGCCGCCUCUUUUGACCCUCCCUGCCCCCCUCGCCGUUACCCACCGCUCGCCAUUCGCUCCUCCCCGCCCGUGCCCUCCCCUCGUUUACCUUCGCCUCCCCCCUCCCCUCCUCUGCUGCACGCCUCUUCCUUCCCCUCGCUAACCCACUCCACUCCCUGCCCCUCCUCAAUCCGCACCCUGCCCCUCGUUUCUCGCCCCCCUACGCUUGGUUUCUCCCCUCCCUGCCCCUCGCCGCCUUUCUCCGCUCCCCACCUCCCCCCUCUCCCUGCCCCCCCACUCUCCUCCACUUGCCCUUGGCUUCCCACCUCCCUGCCCCACCUUUCCCCCCUCCGUGUGCUCAGCUUCUCCCCUCCCUGCCUCUCCCUCCUCCCCGCCCUGCCCCUCAUUUUCCGCCCCCCCACGCCCGGUUUCUCCCCUCCCUGCACCUCCCUUUCUUUCUCCGUGCCUCUCCUUUGCUCCCUCCCUGCCCCCGCCUGCCCAUGCCCCUGUCUUUGGUUUCUCCCCUCCCUGCCCCACGUUUCUUCCCUCCCUGAGAUCACCUUGUACCCCCUCUGCCCCUCCCUUGUUCUCCCCGCACCCAUUGCUUCUCCCCUCCCUGCCCUUGAUUUCCCGCACCCCUGCCCUUGUUUCCUACCAUCCAUGCCCCUCGUUUCCCCUCUUUGUACGUUCACCCUCUUCCCUCCCUGCCCCUCCCUUCCUCCCCCCCUGCCCUUUGCUUUCCCCUCGUUACGCUCCCUUCUCCCCAUCCCUGCUGCCCUCUUACCACCAUCAGCCCGUCCCCACCACCAGCCCCCCUCCCACCCUUCUCCCCCCCCCCCCUCUCCCUCUCUCUCUCUCUCUCUCUCUCUUUCUCUCGCACACACACACACACACACACUCCCCUCCCCCACCCCCCACCCACAUCCUCCCGUUCUGCCCCUCCCUGCCCCUGUUCCACCCCCUCGCACGCCCCUCACCUCUCACCUCCGUUCAACUGGAUUCCCCCCCUCUGGUGCAUCCCUUGCAUCGCUCGCCCCUCUGCUCACCCUCUGCCCGCCCCUUUUCCUUGCCCUCAGCUGGCCCAGCCCCUGCCCGUUGCUGCCCCUCCCCUUGCCCCCUCAACUCCCCUGCCCCCCGUACACCCCACUCCCGUCCAACCGCCCCCACCCUCCCCCGGCUGCCCGUUUCCGCUCUCCACCCCCGCGACCGUGUGCGGCUUCCAACCGCCCAACGGUGUCACACCCCCUGCCCCCUCAUGCCAUCCGCUCCCCCCGCCCCUACCCUCCGCGUGCCCGCUCCCUCGCCGCCUCUUUUGACCCUCCCUGCCCCCCUCGCCGUUACCCACCGCUCGCCAUUCGCUCCUCCCCGCCCGUGCCCUCCCCUCGUUUACCUUCGCCUCCCCCCUCCCCUCCUCUGCUGCACGCCUCUUCCUUCCCCUCGCUAACCCACUCCACUCCCUGCCCCUCCUCAAUCCGCACCCUGCCCCUCGUUUCUCGCCCCCCUACGCUUGGUUUCUCCCCUCCCUGCCCCUCGCCGCCUUUCUCCGCUCCCCACCUCCCCCCUCUCCCUGCCCCCCCACUCUCCUCCACUUGCCCUUGGCUUCCCACCUCCCUGCCCCACCUUUCCCCCCUCCGUGUGCUCAGCUUCUCCCCUCCCUGCCUCUCCCUCCUCCCCGCCCUGCCCCUCAUUUUCCGCCCCCCCACGCCCGGUUUCUCCCCUCCCUGCACCUCCCUUUCUUUCUCCGUGCCUCUCCUUUGCUCCCUCCCUGCCCCCGCCUGCCCAUGCCCCUGUCUUUGGUUUCUCCCCUCCCUGCCCCACGUUUCUUCCCUCCCUGAGAUCACCUUGUACCCCCUCUGCCCCUCCCUUGUUCUCCCCGCACCCAUUGCUUCUCCCCUCCCUGCCCUUGAUUUCCCGCACCCCUGCCCUUGUUUCCUACCAUCCAUGCCCCUCGUUUCCCCUCUUUGUACGUUCACCCUCUUCCCUCCCUGCCCCUCCCUUCCUCCCCCCCUGCCCUUUGCUUUCCCCUCGUUACGCUCCCUUCUCCCCAUCCCUGCUGCCCUCUUACCACCAUCAGCCCGUCCCCACCACCAGCCCCCCUCCCACCCUUCUCCCCCCCCCCCCUCUCCCUCUCUCUCUCUCUCUCUCUCUCUUUCUCUCGCACACACACACACACACACACUCCCCUCCCCCACCCCCCACCCACAUCCUCCCGUUCUGCCCCUCCCUGCCCCUGUUCCACCCCCUCGCACGCCCCUCACCUCUCACCUCCGUUCAACUGGAUUCCCCCCCUCUGGUGCAUCCCUUGCAUCGCUCGCCCCUCUGCUCACCCUCUGCCCGCCCCUUUUCCUUGCCCUCAGCUGGCCCAGCCCCUGCCCGUUGCUGCCCCUCCCCUUGCCCCCUCAACUCCCCUGCCCCCCGUACACCCCACUCCCGUCCAACCGCCCCCACCCUCCCCCGGCUGCCCGUUUCCGCUCUCCACCCCCGCGACCGUGUGCGGCUUCCAACCGCCCAACGGUGUCACACCCCCUGCCCCCUCAUGCCAUCCGCUCCCCCCGCCCCUACCCUCCGCGUGCCCGCUCCCUCGCCGCCUCUUUUGACCCUCCCUGCCCCCCUCGCCGUUACCCACCGCUCGCCAUUCGCUCCUCCCCGCCCGUGCCCUCCCCUCGUUUACCUUCGCCUCCCCCCUCCCCUCCUCUGCUGCACGCCUCUUCCUUCCCCUCGCUAACCCACUCCACUCCCUGCCCCUCCUCAAUCCGCACCCUGCCCCUCGUUUCUCGCCCCCCUACGCUUGGUUUCUCCCCUCCCUGCCCCUCGCCGCCUUUCUCCGCUCCCCACCUCCCCCCUCUCCCUGCCCCCCCACUCUCCUCCACUUGCCCUUGGCUUCCCACCUCCCUGCCCCACCUUUCCCCCCUCCGUGUGCUCAGCUUCUCCCCUCCCUGCCUCUCCCUCCUCCCCGCCCUGCCCCUCAUUUUCCGCCCCCCCACGCCCGGUUUCUCCCCUCCCUGCACCUCCCUUUCUUUCUCCGUGCCUCUCCUUUGCUCCCUCCCUGCCCCCGCCUGCCCAUGCCCCUGUCUUUGGUUUCUCCCCUCCCUGCCCCACGUUUCUUCCCUCCCUGAGAUCACCUUGUACCCCCUCUGCCCCUCCCUUGUUCUCCCCGCACCCAUUGCUUCUCCCCUCCCUGCCCUUGAUUUCCCGCACCCCUGCCCUUGUUUCCUACCAUCCAUGCCCCUCGUUUCCCCUCUUUGUACGUUCACCCUCUUCCCUCCCUGCCCCUCCCUUCCUCCCCCCCUGCCCUUUGCUUUCCCCUCGUUACGCUCCCUUCUCCCCAUCCCUGCUGCCCUCUUACCACCAUCAGCCCGUCCCCACCACCAGCCCCCCUCCCACCCUUCUCCCCCCCCCCCUCUCCCUCUCUCUCUCUCUCUCUCUCUCUUUCUCUCGCACACACACACACACACACACUCCCCUCCCCCACCCCCCACCCACAUCCUCCCGUUCUGCCCCUCCCUGCCCCUGUUCCACCCCCUCGCACGCCCCUCACCUCUCACCUCCGUUCAACUGGAUUCCCCCCCUCUGGUGCAUCCCUUGCAUCGCUCGCCCCUCUGCUCACCCUCUGCCCGCCCCUUUUCCUUGCCCUCAGCUGGCCCAGCCCCUGCCCGUUGCUGCCCCUCCCCUUGCCCCCUCAACUCCCCUGCCCCCCGUACACCCCACUCCCGUCCAACCGCCCCCACCCUCCCCCGGCUGCCCGUUUCCGCUCUCCACCCCCGCGACCGUUCACACCCCCUGCCCCCUCAUGCCAUCCGCUCCCCCCGCCCCUACCCUCCGCGUGCCCGCUCCCUCGCCGCCUCUUUUGACCCUCCCUGCCCCCCUCGCCGUUACCCACCGCUCGCCAUUCGCUCCUCCCCGCCCGUGCCCUCCCCUCGUUUACCUUCGCCUCCCCCCUCCCCUCCUCUGCUGCACGCCUCUUCCUUCCCCUCGCUAACCCACUCCACUCCCUGCCCCUCCUCAAUCCGCACCCUGCCCCUCGUUUCUCGCCCCCCUACGCUUGGUUUCUCCCCUCCCUGCCCCUCGCCGCCUUUCUCCGCUCCCCACCUCCCCCCUCUCCCUGCCCCCCCACUCUCCUCCACUUGCCCUUGGCUUCCCACCUCCCUGCCCCACCUUUCCCCCCUCCGUGUGCUCAGCUUCUCCCCUCCCUGCCUCUCCCUCCUCCCCGCCCUGCCCCUCAUUUUCCGCCCCCCCACGCCCGGUUUCUCCCCUCCCUGCACCUCCCUUUCUUUCUCCGUGCCUCUCCUUUGCUCCCUCCCUGCCCCCGCCUGCCCAUGCCCCUGUCUUUGGUUUCUCCCCUCCCUGCCCCACGUUUCUUCCCUCCCUGAGAUCACCUUGUACCCCCUCUGCCCCUCCCUUGUUCUCCCCGCACCCAUUGCUUCUCCCCUCCCUGCCCUUGAUUUCCCGCACCCCUGCCCUUGUUUCCUACCAUCCAUGCCCCUCGUUUCCCCUCUUUGUACGUUCACCCUCUUCCCUCCCUGCCCCUCCCUUCCUCCCCCCCUGCCCUUUGCUUUCCCCUCGUUACGCUCCCUUCUCCCCAUCCCUGCUGCCCUCUUACCACCAUCAGCCCGUCCCCACCACCAGCCCCCCUCCCACCCUUCUCCCCCCCCCCCCUCUCCCUCUCUCUCUCUCUCUCUCUCUCUCUUUCUCUCGCACACACACACACACACACACUCCCCUCCCCCACCCCCCACCCACAUCCUCCCGUUCUGCCCCUCCCUGCCCCUGUUCCACCCCCUCGCACGCCCCUCACCUCUCACCUCCGUUCAACUGGAUUCCCCCCCUCUGGUGCAUCCCUUGCAUCGCUCGCCCCUCUGCUCACCCUCUGCCCGCCCCUUUUCCUUGCCCUCAGCUGGCCCAGCCCCUGCCCGUUGCUGCCCCUCCCCUUGCCCCCUCAACUCCCCUGCCCCCCGUACACCCCACUCCCGUCCAACCGCCCCCACCCUCCCCCGGCUGCCCGUUUCCGCUCUCCACCCCCGCGACCGUUCACACCCCCUGCCCCCUCAUGCCAUCCGCUCCCCCCGCCCCUACCCUCCGCGUGCCCGCUCCCUCGCCGCCUCUUUUGACCCUCCCUGCCCCCCUCGCCGUUACCCACCGCUCGCCAUUCGCUCCUCCCCGCCCGUGCCCUCCCCUCGUUUACCUUCGCCUCCCCCCUCCCCUCCUCUGCUGCACGCCUCUUCCUUCCCCUCGCUAACCCACUCCACUCCCUGCCCCUCCUCAAUCCGCACCCUGCCCCUCGUUUCUCGCCCCCCUACGCUUGGUUUCUCCCCUCCCUGCCCCUCGCCGCCUUUCUCCGCUCCCCACCUCCCCCCUCUCCCUGCCCCCCCACUCUCCUCCACUUGCCCUUGGCUUCCCACCUCCCUGCCCCACCUUUCCCCCCUCCGUGUGCUCAGCUUCUCCCCUCCCUGCCUCUCCCUCCUCCCCGCCCUGCCCCUCAUUUUCCGCCCCCCCACGCCCGGUUUCUCCCCUCCCUGCACCUCCCUUUCUUUCUCCGUGCCUCUCCUUUGCUCCCUCCCUGCCCCCGCCUGCCCAUGCCCCUGUCUUUGGUUUCUCCCCUCCCUGCCCCACGUUUCUUCCCUCCCUGAGAUCACCUUGUACCCCCUCUGCCCCUCCCUUGUUCUCCCCGCACCCAUUGCUUCUCCCCUCCCUGCCCUUGAUUUCCCGCACCCCUGCCCUUGUUUCCUACCAUCCAUGCCCCUCGUUUCCCCUCUUUGUACGUUCACCCUCUUCCCUCCCUGCCCCUCCCUUCCUCCCCCCCUGCCCUUUGCUUUCCCCUCGUUACGCUCCCUUCUCCCCAUCCCUGCUGCCCUCUUACCACCAUCAGCCCGUCCCCACCACCAGCCCCCCUCCCACCCUUCUCCCCCCCCCCCUCUCCCUCUCUCUCUCUCUCUCUCUCUCUUUCUCUCGCACACACACACACACACACACUCCCCUCCCCCACCCCCCACCCACAUCCUCCCGUUCUGCCCCUCCCUGCCCCUGUUCCACCCCCUCGCACGCCCCUCACCUCUCACCUCCGUUCAACUGGAUUCCCCCCCUCUGGUGCAUCCCUUGCAUCGCUCGCCCCUCUGCUCACCCUCUGCCCGCCCCUUUUCCUUGCCCUCAGCUGGCCCAGCCCCUGCCCGUUGCUGCCCCUCCCCUUGCCCCCUCAACUCCCCUGCCCCCCGUACACCCCACUCCCGUCCAACCGCCCCCACCCUCCCCCGGCUGCCCGUUUCCGCUCUCCACCCCCGCGACCGUUCACACCCCCUGCCCCCUCAUGCCAUCCGCUCCCCCCGCCCCUACCCUCCGCGUGCCCGCUCCCUCGCCGCCUCUUUUGACCCUCCCUGCCCCCCUCGCCGUUACCCACCGCUCGCCAUUCGCUCCUCCCCGCCCGUGCCCUCCCCUCGUUUACCUUCGCCUCCCCCCUCCCCUCCUCUGCUGCACGCCUCUUCCUUCCCCUCGCUAACCCACUCCACUCCCUGCCCCUCCUCAAUCCGCACCCUGCCCCUCGUUUCUCGCCCCCCUAUGCUUGGUUUCUCCCCCCCUGCCCUUUGCUUUCCCCUCGUUACGCUCCCUUCUCCCCAUCCCUGCUGCCCUCUUACCACCAUCAGCCCCCCCUGCCCGUUGCUGCCCCUCCCCUUGCCCCCUCAACUCCCCUGCCCCCCGUACACCCCACUCCCGUCCAACCGCCCCCACCCUCCCCCGGCUGCCCGUUUCCGCUCUCCACCCCCGCGACCGUGUGCGGCUUCCAACCGCCCAACGGUGUCACACCCCCUGCCCCCUCAUGCCAUCCGCUCCCCCCGCCCCUACCCUCCGCGUGCCCGCUCCCUCGCCGCCUCUUUUGACCCUCCCUGCCCCCCUCGCCGUUACCCACCGCUCGCCAUUCGCUCCUCCCCGCCCGUGCCCUCCCCUCGUUUACCUUCGCCUCCCCCCUCCCCUCCUCUGCUGCACGCCUCUUCCUUCCCCUCGCUAACCCACUCCACUCCCUGCCCCUCCUCAAUCCGCACCCUGCCCCUCGUUUCUCGCCCCCCUAUGCUUGGUUUCUCCCCCCCUGCCCUUUGCUUUCCCCUCGUUACGCUCCCUUCUCCCCAUCCCUGCUGCCCUCUUACCACCAUCAGCCCCCCCUGCCCGUUGCUGCCCCUCCCCUUGCCCCCUCAACUCCCCUGCCCCCCGUACACCCCACUCCCGUCCAACCGCCCCCACCCUCCCCCGGCUGCCCGUUUCCGCUCUCCACCCCCGCGACCGUGUGCGGCUUCCAACCGCCCAACGGUGUCACACCCCCUGCCCCCUCAUGCCAUCCGCUCCCCCCGCCCCUACCCUCCGCGUGCCCGCUCCCUCGCCGCCUCUUUUGACCCUCCCUGCCCCCCUCGCCGUUACCCACCGCUCGCCAUUCGCUCCUCCCCGCCCGUGCCCUCCCCUCGUUUACCUUCGCCUCCCCCCUCCCCUCCUCUGCUGCACGCCUCUUCCUUCCCCUCGCUAACCCACUCCACUCCCUGCCCCUCCUCAAUCCGCACCCUGCCCCUCGUUUCUCGCCCCCCUACGCUUGGUUUCUCCCCUCCCUGCCCCUCGCCGCCUUUCUCCGCUCCCCACCUCCCCCCUCUCCCUGCCCCCCCACUCUCCUCCACUUGCCCUUGGCUUCCCACCUCCCUGCCCCACCUUUCCCCCCUCCGUGUGCUCAGCUUCUCCCCUCCCUGCCUCUCCCUCCUCCCCGCCCUGCCCCUCAUUUUCCGCCCCCCCACGCCCGGUUUCUCCCCUCCCUGCACCUCCCUUUCUUUCUCCGUGCCUCUCCUUUGCUCCCUCCCUGCCCCCGCCUGCCCAUGCCCCUGUCUUUGGUUUCUCCCCUCCCUGCCCCACGUUUCUUCCCUCCCUGAGAUCACCUUGUACCCCCUCUGCCCCUCCCUUGUUCUCCCCGCACCCAUUGCUUCUCCCCUCCCUGCCCUUGAUUUCCCGCACCCCUGCCCUUGUUUCCUACCAUCCAUGCCCCUCGUUUCCCCUCUUUGUACGUUCACCCUCUUCCCUCCCUGCCCCUCCCUUCCUCCCCCCCUGCCCUUUGCUUUCCCCUCGUUACGCUCCCUUCUCCCCAUCCCUGCUGCCCUCUUACCACCAUCAGCCCGUCCCCACCACCAGCCCCCCUCCCACCCUUCUCCCCCCCCCCCCUCUCCCUCUCUCUCUCUCUCUCUCUCUCUUUCUCUCGCACACACACACACACACACACUCCCCUCCCCCACCCCCCACCCACAUCCUCCCGUUCUGCCCCUCCCUGCCCCUGUUCCACCCCCUCGCACGCCCCUCACCUCUCACCUCCGUUCAACUGGAUUCCCCCCCUCUGGUGCAUCCCUUGCAUCGCUCGCCCCUCUGCUCACCCUCUGCCCGCCCCUUUUCCUUGCCCUCAGCUGGCCCAGCCCCUGCCCGUUGCUGCCCCUCCCCUUGCCCCCUCAACUCCCCUGCCCCCCGUACACCCCACUCCCGUCCAACCGCCCCCACCCUCCCCCGGCUGCCCGUUUCCGCUCUCCACCCCCGCGACCGUGUGCGGCUUCCAACCGCCCAACGGUGUCACACCCCCUGCCCCCUCAUGCCAUCCGCUCCCCCCGCCCCUACCCUCCGCGUGCCCGCUCCCUCGCCGCCUCUUUUGACCCUCCCUGCCCCCCUCGCCGUUACCCACCGCUCGCCAUUCGCUCCUCCCCGCCCGUGCCCUCCCCUCGUUUACCUUCGCCUCCCCCCUCCCCUCCUCUGCUGCACGCCUCUUCCUUCCCCUCGCUAACCCACUCCACUCCCUGCCCCUCCUCAAUCCGCACCCUGCCCCUCGUUUCUCGCCCCCCUACGCUUGGUUUCUCCCCUCCCUGCCCCUCGCCGCCUUUCUCCGCUCCCCACCUCCCCCCUCUCCCUGCCCCCCCACUCUCCUCCACUUGCCCUUGGCUUCCCACCUCCCUGCCCCACCUUUCCCCCCUCCGUGUGCUCAGCUUCUCCCCUCCCUGCCUCUCCCUCCUCCCCGCCCUGCCCCUCAUUUUCCGCCCCCCCACGCCCGGUUUCUCCCCUCCCUGCACCUCCCUUUCUUUCUCCGUGCCUCUCCUUUGCUCCCUCCCUGCCCCCGCCUGCCCAUGCCCCUGUCUUUGGUUUCUCCCCUCCCUGCCCCACGUUUCUUCCCUCCCUGAGAUCACCUUGUACCCCCUCUGCCCCUCCCUUGUUCUCCCCGCACCCAUUGCUUCUCCCCUCCCUGCCCUUGAUUUCCCGCACCCCUGCCCUUGUUUCCUACCAUCCAUGCCCCUCGUUUCCCCUCUUUGUACGUUCACCCUCUUCCCUCCCUGCCCCUCCCUUCCUCCCCCCCUGCCCUUUGCUUUCCCCUCGUUACGCUCCCUUCUCCCCAUCCCUGCUGCCCUCUUACCACCAUCAGCCCGUCCCCACCACCAGCCCCCCUCCCACCCUUCUCCCCCCCCCCCUCUCCCUCUCUCUCUCUCUCUCUCUCUCUUUCUCUCGCACACACACACACACACACACUCCCCUCCCCCACCCCCCACCCACAUCCUCCCGUUCUGCCCCUCCCUGCCCCUGUUCCACCCCCUCGCACGCCCCUCACCUCUCACCUCCGUUCAACUGGAUUCCCCCCCUCUGGUGCAUCCCUUGCAUCGCUCGCCCCUCUGCUCACCCUCUGCCCGCCCCUUUUCCUUGCCCUCAGCUGGCCCAGCCCCUGCCCGUUGCUGCCCCUCCCCUUGCCCCCUCAACUCCCCUGCCCCCCGUACACCCCACUCCCGUCCAACCGCCCCCACCCUCCCCCGGCUGCCCGUUUCCGCUCUCCACCCCCGCGACCGUUCACACCCCCUGCCCCCUCAUGCCAUCCGCUCCCCCCGCCCCUACCCUCCGCGUGCCCGCUCCCUCGCCGCCUCUUUUGACCCUCCCUGCCCCCCUCGCCGUUACCCACCGCUCGCCAUUCGCUCCUCCCCGCCCGUGCCCUCCCCUCGUUUACCUUCGCCUCCCCCCUCCCCUCCUCUGCUGCACGCCUCUUCCUUCCCCUCGCUAACCCACUCCACUCCCUGCCCCUCCUCAAUCCGCACCCUGCCCCUCGUUUCUCGCCCCCCUACGCUUGGUUUCUCCCCUCCCUGCCCCUCGCCGCCUUUCUCCGCUCCCCACCUCCCCCCUCUCCCUGCCCCCCCACUCUCCUCCACUUGCCCUUGGCUUCCCACCUCCCUGCCCCACCUUUCCCCCCUCCGUGUGCUCAGCUUCUCCCCUCCCUGCCUCUCCCUCCUCCCCGCCCUGCCCCUCAUUUUCCGCCCCCCCACGCCCGGUUUCUCCCCUCCCUGCACCUCCCUUUCUUUCUCCGUGCCUCUCCUUUGCUCCCUCCCUGCCCCCGCCUGCCCAUGCCCCUGUCUUUGGUUUCUCCCCUCCCUGCCCCACGUUUCUUCCCUCCCUGAGAUCACCUUGUACCCCCUCUGCCCCUCCCUUGUUCUCCCCGCACCCAUUGCUUCUCCCCUCCCUGCCCUUGAUUUCCCGCACCCCUGCCCUUGUUUCCUACCAUCCAUGCCCCUCGUUUCCCCUCUUUGUACGUUCACCCUCUUCCCUCCCUGCCCCUCCCUUCCUCCCCCCCUGCCCUUUGCUUUCCCCUCGUUACGCUCCCUUCUCCCCAUCCCUGCUGCCCUCUUACCACCAUCAGCCCGUCCCCACCACCAGCCCCCCUCCCACCCUUCUCCCCCCCCCCCUCUCCCUCUCUCUCUCUCUCUCUCUCUCUUUCUCUCGCACACACACACACACACACACUCCCCUCCCCCACCCCCCACCCACAUCCUCCCGUUCUGCCCCUCCCUGCCCCUGUUCCACCCCCUCGCACGCCCCUCACCUCUCACCUCCGUUCAACUGGAUUCCCCCCCUCUGGUGCAUCCCUUGCAUCGCUCGCCCCUCUGCUCACCCUCUGCCCGCCCCUUUUCCUUGCCCUCAGCUGGCCCAGCCCCUGCCCGUUGCUGCCCCUCCCCUUGCCCCCUCAACUCCCCUGCCCCCCGUACACCCCACUCCCGUCCAACCGCCCCCACCCUCCCCCGGCUGCCCGUUUCCGCUCUCCACCCCCGCGACCGUUCACACCCCCUGCCCCCUCAUGCCAUCCGCUCCCCCCGCCCCUACCCUCCGCGUGCCCGCUCCCUCGCCGCCUCUUUUGACCCUCCCUGCCCCCCUCGCCGUUACCCACCGCUCGCCAUUCGCUCCUCCCCGCCCGUGCCCUCCCCUCGUUUACCUUCGCCUCCCCCCUCCCCUCCUCUGCUGCACGCCUCUUCCUUCCCCUCGCUAACCCACUCCACUCCCUGCCCCUCCUCAAUCCGCACCCUGCCCCUCGUUUCUCGCCCCCCUACGCUUGGUUUCUCCCCUCCCUGCCCCUCGCCGCCUUUCUCCGCUCCCCACCUCCCCCCUCUCCCUGCCCCCCCACUCUCCUCCACUUGCCCUUGGCUUCCCACCUCCCUGCCCCACCUUUCCCCCCUCCGUGUGCUCAGCUUCUCCCCUCCCUGCCUCUCCCUCCUCCCCGCCCUGCCCCUCAUUUUCCGCCCCCCCACGCCCGGUUUCUCCCCUCCCUGCACCUCCCUUUCUUUCUCCGUGCCUCUCCUUUGCUCCCUCCCUGCCCCCGCCUGCCCAUGCCCCUGUCUUUGGUUUCUCCCCUCCCUGCCCCACGUUUCUUCCCUCCCUGAGAUCACCUUGUACCCCCUCUGCCCCUCCCUUGUUCUCCCCGCACCCAUUGCUUCUCCCCUCCCUGCCCUUGAUUUCCCGCACCCCUGCCCUUGUUUCCUACCAUCCAUGCCCCUCGUUUCCCCUCUUUGUACGUUCACCCUCUUCCCUCCCUGCCCCUCCCUUCCUCCCCCCCUGCCCUUUGCUUUCCCCUCGUUACGCUCCCUUCUCCCCAUCCCUGCUGCCCUCUUACCACCAUCAGCCCGUCCCCACCACCAGCCCCCCUCCCACCCUUCUCCCCCCCCCCCCUCUCCCUCUCUCUCUCUCUCUCUCUCUCUUUCUCUCGCACACACACACACACACACACUCCCCUCCCCCACCCCCCACCCACAUCCUCCCGUUCUGCCCCUCCCUGCCCCUGUUCCACCCCCUCGCACGCCCCUCACCUCUCACCUCCGUUCAACUGGAUUCCCCCCCUCUGGUGCAUCCCUUGCAUCGCUCGCCCCUCUGCUCACCCUCUGCCCGCCCCUUUUCCUUGCCCUCAGCUGGCCCAGCCCCUGCCCGUUGCUGCCCCUCCCCUUGCCCCCUCAACUCCCCUGCCCCCCGUACACCCCACUCCCGUCCAACCGCCCCCACCCUCCCCCGGCUGCCCGUUUCCGCUCUCCACCCCCGCGACCGUGUGCGGCUUCCAACCGCCCAACGGUGUCACACCCCCUGCCCCCUCAUGCCAUCCGCUCCCCCCGCCCCUACCCUCCGCGUGCCCGCUCCCUCGCCGCCUCUUUUGACCCUCCCUGCCCCCCUCGCCGUUACCCACCGCUCGCCAUUCGCUCCUCCCCGCCCGUGCCCUCCCCUCGUUUACCUUCGCCUCCCCCCUCCCCUCCUCUGCUGCACGCCUCUUCCUUCCCCUCGCUAACCCACUCCACUCCCUGCCCCUCCUCAAUCCGCACCCUGCCCCUCGUUUCUCGCCCCCCUACGCUUGGUUUCUCCCCUCCCUGCCCCUCGCCGCCUUUCUCCGCUCCCCACCUCCCCCCUCUCCCUGCCCCCCCACUCUCCUCCACUUGCCCUUGGCUUCCCACCUCCCUGCCCCACCUUUCCCCCCUCCGUGUGCUCAGCUUCUCCCCUCCCUGCCUCUCCCUCCUCCCCGCCCUGCCCCUCAUUUUCCGCCCCCCCACGCCCGGUUUCUCCCCUCCCUGCACCUCCCUUUCUUUCUCCGUGCCUCUCCUUUGCUCCCUCCCUGCCCCCGCCUGCCCAUGCCCCUGUCUUUGGUUUCUCCCCUCCCUGCCCCACGUUUCUUCCCUCCCUGAGAUCACCUUGUACCCCCUCUGCCCCUCCCUUGUUCUCCCCGCACCCAUUGCUUCUCCCCUCCCUGCCCUUGAUUUCCCGCACCCCUGCCCUUGUUUCCUACCAUCCAUGCCCCUCGUUUCCCCUCUUUGUACGUUCACCCUCUUCCCUCCCUGCCCCUCCCUUCCUCCCCCCCUGCCCUUUGCUUUCCCCUCCCCCUGCCCGUUGCUGCCCCUCCCCUUGCCCCCUCAACUCCCCUGCCCCCCGUACACCCCACUCCCGUCCAACCGCCCCCACCCUCCCCCGGCUGCCCGUUUCCGCUCUCCACCCCCGCGACCGUGUGCGGCUUCCAACCGCCCAACGGUGUCACACCCCCUGCCCCCUCAUGCCAUCCGCUCCCCCCGCCCCUACCCUCCGCGUGCCCGCUCCCUCGCCGCCUCUUUUGACCCUCCCUGCCCCCCUCGCCGUUACCCACCGCUCGCCAUUCGCUCCUCCCCGCCCGUGCCCUCCCCUCGUUUACCUUCGCCUCCCCCCUCCCCUCCUCUGCUGCACGCCUCUUCCUUCCCCUCGCUAACCCACUCCACUCCCUGCCCCUCCUCAAUCCGCACCCUGCCCCUCGUUUCUCGCCCCCCUACGCUUGGUUUCUCCCCUCCCUGCCCCUCGCCGCCUUUCUCCGCUCCCCACCUCCCCCCUCUCCCUGCCCCCCCACUCUCCUCCACUUGCCCUUGGCUUCCCACCUCCCUGCCCCACCUUUCCCCCCUCCGUGUGCUCAGCUUCUCCCCUCCCUGCCUCUCCCUCCUCCCCGCCCUGCCCCUCAUUUUCCGCCCCCCCACGCCCGGUUUCUCCCCUCCCUGCACCUCCCUUUCUUUCUCCGUGCCUCUCCUUUGCUCCCUCCCUGCCCCCGCCUGCCCAUGCCCCUGUCUUUGGUUUCUCCCCUCCCUGCCCCACGUUUCUUCCCUCCCUGAGAUCACCUUGUACCCCCUCUGCCCCUCCCUUGUUCUCCCCGCACCCAUUGCUUCUCCCCUCCCUGCCCUUGAUUUCCCGCACCCCUGCCCUUGUUUCCUACCAUCCAUGCCCCUCGUUUCCCCUCUUUGUACGUUCACCCUCUUCCCUCCCUGCCCCUCCCUUCCUCCCCCCCUGCCCUUUGCUUUCCCCUCGUUACGCUCCCUUCUCCCCAUCCCUGCUGCCCUCUUACCACCAUCAGCCCGUCCCCACCACCAGCCCCCCUCCCACCCUUCUCCCCCCCCCCCUCUCCCUCUCUCUCUCUCUCUCUCUCUCUUUCUCUCGCACACACACACACACACACACUCCCCUCCCCCACCCCCCACCCACAUCCUCCCGUUCUGCCCCUCCCUGCCCCUGUUCCACCCCCUCGCACGCCCCUCACCUCUCACCUCCGUUCAACUGGAUUCCCCCCCUCUGGUGCAUCCCUUGCAUCGCUCGCCCCUCUGCUCACCCUCUGCCCGCCCCUUUUCCUUGCCCUCAGCUGGCCCAGCCCCUGCCCGUUGCUGCCCCUCCCCUUGCCCCCUCAACUCCCCUGCCCCCCGUACACCCCACUCCCGUCCAACCGCCCCCACCCUCCCCCGGCUGCCCGUUUCCGCUCUCCACCCCCGCGACCGUUCACACCCCCUGCCCCCUCAUGCCAUCCGCUCCCCCCGCCCCUACCCUCCGCGUGCCCGCUCCCUCGCCGCCUCUUUUGACCCUCCCUGCCCCCCUCGCCGUUACCCACCGCUCGCCAUUCGCUCCUCCCCGCCCGUGCCCUCCCCUCGUUUACCUUCGCCUCCCCCCUCCCCUCCUCUGCUGCACGCCUCUUCCUUCCCCUCGCUAACCCACUCCACUCCCUGCCCCUCCUCAAUCCGCACCCUGCCCCUCGUUUCUCGCCCCCCUAUGCUUGGUUUCUCCCCCCCUGCCCUUUGCUUUCCCCUCGUUACGCUCCCUUCUCCCCAUCCCUGCUGCCCUCUUACCACCAUCAGCCCCCCCUGCCCGUUGCUGCCCCUCCCCUUGCCCCCUCAACUCCCCUGCCCCCCGUACACCCCACUCCCGUCCAACCGCCCCCACCCUCCCCCGGCUGCCCGUUUCCGCUCUCCACCCCCGCGACCGUGUGCGGCUUCCAACCGCCCAACGGUGUCACACCCCCUGCCCCCUCAUGCCAUCCGCUCCCCCCGCCCCUACCCUCCGCGUGCCCGCUCCCUCGCCGCCUCUUUUGACCCUCCCUGCCCCCCUCGCCGUUACCCACCGCUCGCCAUUCGCUCCUCCCCGCCCGUGCCCUCCCCUCGUUUACCUUCGCCUCCCCCCUCCCCUCCUCUGCUGCACGCCUCUUCCUUCCCCUCGCUAACCCACUCCACUCCCUGCCCCUCCUCAAUCCGCACCCUGCCCCUCGUUUCUCGCCCCCCUACGCUUGGUUUCUCCCCUCCCUGCCCCUCGCCGCCUUUCUCCGCUCCCCACCUCCCCCCUCUCCCUGCCCCCCCACUCUCCUCCACUUGCCCUUGGCUUCCCACCUCCCUGCCCCACCUUUCCCCCCUCCGUGUGCUCAGCUUCUCCCCUCCCUGCCUCUCCCUCCUCCCCGCCCUGCCCCUCAUUUUCCGCCCCCCCACGCCCGGUUUCUCCCCUCCCUGCACCUCCCUUUCUUUCUCCGUGCCUCUCCUUUGCUCCCUCCCUGCCCCCGCCUGCCCAUGCCCCUGUCUUUGGUUUCUCCCCUCCCUGCCCCACGUUUCUUCCCUCCCUGAGAUCACCUUGUACCCCCUCUGCCCCUCCCUUGUUCUCCCCGCACCCAUUGCUUCUCCCCUCCCUGCCCUUGAUUUCCCGCACCCCUGCCCUUGUUUCCUACCAUCCAUGCCCCUCGUUUCCCCUCUUUGUACGUUCACCCUCUUCCCUCCCUGCCCCUCCCUUCCUCCCCCCCUGCCCUUUGCUUUCCCCUCCCCCUGCCCGUUGCUGCCCCUCCCCUUGCCCCCUCAACUCCCCUGCCCCCCGUACACCCCACUCCCGUCCAACCGCCCCCACCCUCCCCCGGCUGCCCGUUUCCGCUCUCCACCCCCGCGACCGUGUGCGGCUUCCAACCGCCCAACGGUGUCACACCCCCUGCCCCCUCAUGCCAUCCGCUCCCCCCGCCCCUACCCUCCGCGUGCCCGCUCCCUCGCCGCCUCUUUUGACCCUCCCUGCCCCCCUCGCCGUUACCCACCGCUCGCCAUUCGCUCCUCCCCGCCCGUGCCCUCCCCUCGUUUACCUUCGCCUCCCCCCUCCCCUCCUCUGCUGCACGCCUCUUCCUUCCCCUCGCUAACCCACUCCACUCCCUGCCCCUCCUCAAUCCGCACCCUGCCCCUCGUUUCUCGCCCCCCUAUGCUUGGUUUCUCCCCCCCUGCCCUUUGCUUUCCCCUCGUUACGCUCCCUUCUCCCCAUCCCUGCUGCCCUCUUACCACCAUCAGCCCCCCCUGCCCGUUGCUGCCCCUCCCCUUGCCCCCUCAACUCCCCUGCCCCCCGUACACCCCACUCCCGUCCAACCGCCCCCACCCUCCCCCGGCUGCCCGUUUCCGCUCUCCACCCCCGCGACCGUGUGCGGCUUCCAACCGCCCAACGGUGUCACACCCCCUGCCCCCUCAUGCCAUCCGCUCCCCCCGCCCCUACCCUCCGCGUGCCCGCUCCCUCGCCGCCUCUUUUGACCCUCCCUGCCCCCCUCGCCGUUACCCACCGCUCGCCAUUCGCUCCUCCCCGCCCGUGCCCUCCCCUCGUUUACCUUCGCCUCCCCCCUCCCCUCCUCUGCUGCACGCCUCUUCCUUCCCCUCGCUAACCCACUCCACUCCCUGCCCCUCCUCAAUCCGCACCCUGCCCCUCGUUUCUCGCCCCCCUACGCUUGGUUUCUCCCCUCCCUGCCCCUCGCCGCCUUUCUCCGCUCCCCACCUCCCCCCUCUCCCUGCCCCCCCACUCUCCUCCACUUGCCCUUGGCUUCCCACCUCCCUGCCCCACCUUUCCCCCCUCCGUGUGCUCAGCUUCUCCCCUCCCUGCCUCUCCCUCCUCCCCGCCCUGCCCCUCAUUUUCCGCCCCCCCACGCCCGGUUUCUCCCCUCCCUGCACCUCCCUUUCUUUCUCCGUGCCUCUCCUUUGCUCCCUCCCUGCCCCCGCCUGCCCAUGCCCCUGUCUUUGGUUUCUCCCCUCCCUGCCCCACGUUUCUUCCCUCCCUGAGAUCACCUUGUACCCCCUCUGCCCCUCCCUUGUUCUCCCCGCACCCAUUGCUUCUCCCCUCCCUGCCCUUGAUUUCCCGCACCCCUGCCCUUGUUUCCUACCAUCCAUGCCCCUCGUUUCCCCUCUUUGUACGUUCACCCUCUUCCCUCCCUGCCCCUCCCUUCCUCCCCCCCUGCCCUUUGCUUUCCCCUCGUUACGCUCCCUUCUCCCCAUCCCUGCUGCCCUCUUACCACCAUCAGCCCGUCCCCACCACCAGCCCCCCUCCCACCCUUCUCCCCCCCCCCCUCUCCCUCUCUCUCUCUCUCUCUCUCUCUUUCUCUCGCACACACACACACACACACACUCCCCUCCCCCACCCCCCACCCACAUCCUCCCGUUCUGCCCCUCCCUGCCCCUGUUCCACCCCCUCGCACGCCCCUCACCUCUCACCUCCGUUCAACUGGAUUCCCCCCCUCUGGUGCAUCCCUUGCAUCGCUCGCCCCUCUGCUCACCCUCUGCCCGCCCCUUUUCCUUGCCCUCAGCUGGCCCAGCCCCUGCCCGUUGCUGCCCCUCCCCUUGCCCCCUCAACUCCCCUGCCCCCCGUACACCCCACUCCCGUCCAACCGCCCCCACCCUCCCCCGGCUGCCCGUUUCCGCUCUCCACCCCCGCGACCGUUCACACCCCCUGCCCCCUCAUGCCAUCCGCUCCCCCCGCCCCUACCCUCCGCGUGCCCGCUCCCUCGCCGCCUCUUUUGACCCUCCCUGCCCCCCUCGCCGUUACCCACCGCUCGCCAUUCGCUCCUCCCCGCCCGUGCCCUCCCCUCGUUUACCUUCGCCUCCCCCCUCCCCUCCUCUGCUGCACGCCUCUUCCUUCCCCUCGCUAACCCACUCCACUCCCUGCCCCUCCUCAAUCCGCACCCUGCCCCUCGUUUCUCGCCCCCCUACGCUUGGUUUCUCCCCUCCCUGCCCCUCGCCGCCUUUCUCCGCUCCCCACCUCCCCCCUCUCCCUGCCCCCCCACUCUCCUCCACUUGCCCUUGGCUUCCCACCUCCCUGCCCCACCUUUCCCCCCUCCGUGUGCUCAGCUUCUCCCCUCCCUGCCUCUCCCUCCUCCCCGCCCUGCCCCUCAUUUUCCGCCCCCCCACGCCCGGUUUCUCCCCUCCCUGCACCUCCCUUUCUUUCUCCGUGCCUCUCCUUUGCUCCCUCCCUGCCCCCGCCUGCCCAUGCCCCUGUCUUUGGUUUCUCCCCUCCCUGCCCCACGUUUCUUCCCUCCCUGAGAUCACCUUGUACCCCCUCUGCCCCUCCCUUGUUCUCCCCGCACCCAUUGCUUCUCCCCUCCCUGCCCUUGAUUUCCCGCACCCCUGCCCUUGUUUCCUACCAUCCAUGCCCCUCGUUUCCCCUCUUUGUACGUUCACCCUCUUCCCUCCCUGCCCCUCCCUUCCUCCCCCCCUGCCCUUUGCUUUCCCCUCGUUACGCUCCCUUCUCCCCAUCCCUGCUGCCCUCUUACCACCAUCAGCCCGUCCCCACCACCAGCCCCCCUCCCACCCUUCUCCCCCCCCCCCUCUCCCUCUCUCUCUCUCUCUCUCUCUCUUUCUCUCGCACACACACACACACACACACACUCCCCUCCCCCACCCCCCACCCACAUCCUCCCGUUCUGCCCCUCCCUGCCCCUGUUCCACCCCCUCGCACGCCCCUCACCUCUCACCUCCGUUCAACUGGAUUCCCCCCCUCUGGUGCAUCCCUUGCAUCGCUCGCCCCUCUGCUCACCCUCUGCCCGCCCCUUUUCCUUGCCCUCAGCUGGCCCAGCCCCUGCCCGUUGCUGCCCCUCCCCUUGCCCCCUCAACUCCCCUGCCCCCCGUACACCCCACUCCCGUCCAACCGCCCCCACCCUCCCCCGGCUGCCCGUUUCCGCUCUCCACCCCCGCGACCUCACACCCCCUGCCCCCUCAUGCCAUCCGCUCCCCCCGCCCCUACCCUCCGCGUGCCCGCUCCCUCGCCGCCUCUUUUGACCCUCCCUGCCCCCCUCGCCGUUACCCACCGCUCGCCAUUCGCUCCUCCCCGCCCGUGCCCUCCCCUCGUUUACCUUCGCCUCCCCCCUCCCCUCCUCUGCUGCACGCCUCUUCCUUCCCCUCGCUAACCCACUCCACUCCCUGCCCCUCCUCAAUCCGCACCCUGCCCCUCGUUUCUCGCCCCCCUACGCUUGGUUUCUCCCCUCCCUGCCCCUCGCCGCCUUUCUCCGCUCCCCACCUCCCCCCUCUCCCUGCCCCCCCACUCUCCUCCACUUGCCCUUGGCUUCCCACCUCCCUGCCCCACCUUUCCCCCCUCCGUGUGCUCAGCUUCUCCCCUCCCUGCCUCUCCCUCCUCCCCGCCCUGCCCCUCAUUUUCCGCCCCCCCACGCCCGGUUUCUCCCCUCCCUGCACCUCCCUUUCUUUCUCCGUGCCUCUCCUUUGCUCCCUCCCUGCCCCCGCCUGCCCAUGCCCCUGUCUUUGGUUUCUCCCCUCCCUGCCCCACGUUUCUUCCCUCCCUGAGAUCACCUUGUACCCCCUCUGCCCCUCCCUUGUUCUCCCCGCACCCAUUGCUUCUCCCCUCCCUGCCCUUGAUUUCCCGCACCCCUGCCCUUGUUUCCUACCAUCCAUGCCCCUCGUUUCCCCUCUUUGUACGUUCACCCUCUUCCCUCCCUGCCCCUCCCUUCCUCCCCCCCUGCCCUUUGCUUUCCCCUCCCCCUGCCCGUUGCUGCCCCUCCCCUUGCCCCCUCAACUCCCCUGCCCCCCGUACACCCCACUCCCGUCCAACCGCCCCCACCCUCCCCCGGCUGCCCGUUUCCGCUCUCCACCCCCGCGACCGUGUGCGGCUUCCAACCGCCCAACGGUGUCACACCCCCUGCCCCCUCAUGCCAUCCGCUCCCCCCGCCCCUACCCUCCGCGUGCCCGCUCCCUCGCCGCCUCUUUUGACCCUCCCUGCCCCCCUCGCCGUUACCCACCGCUCGCCAUUCGCUCCUCCCCGCCCGUGCCCUCCCCUCGUUUACCUUCGCCUCCCCCCUCCCCUCCUCUGCUGCACGCCUCUUCCUUCCCCUCGCUAACCCACUCCACUCCCUGCCCCUCCUCAAUCCGCACCCUGCCCCUCGUUUCUCGCCCCCCUACGCUUGGUUUCUCCCCUCCCUGCCCCUCGCCGCCUUUCUCCGCUCCCCACCUCCCCCCUCUCCCUGCCCCCCCACUCUCCUCCACUUGCCCUUGGCUUCCCACCUCCCUGCCCCACCUUUCCCCCCUCCGUGUGCUCAGCUUCUCCCCUCCCUGCCUCUCCCUCCUCCCCGCCCUGCCCCUCAUUUUCCGCCCCCCCACGCCCGGUUUCUCCCCUCCCUGCACCUCCCUUUCUUUCUCCGUGCCUCUCCUUUGCUCCCUCCCUGCCCCCGCCUGCCCAUGCCCCUGUCUUUGGUUUCUCCCCUCCCUGCCCCACGUUUCUUCCCUCCCUGAGAUCACCUUGUACCCCCUCUGCCCCUCCCUUGUUCUCCCCGCACCCAUUGCUUCUCCCCUCCCUGCCCUUGAUUUCCCGCACCCCUGCCCUUGUUUCCUACCAUCCAUGCCCCUCGUUUCCCCUCUUUGUACGUUCACCCUCUUCCCUCCCUGCCCCUCCCUUCCUCCCCCCCUGCCCUUUGCUUUCCCCUCCCCCUGCCCGUUGCUGCCCCUCCCCUUGCCCCCUCAACUCCCCUGCCCCCCGUACACCCCACUCCCGUCCAACCGCCCCCACCCUCCCCCGGCUGCCCGUUUCCGCUCUCCACCCCCGCGACCGUGUGCGGCUUCCAACCGCCCAACGGUGUCACACCCCCUGCCCCCUCAUGCCAUCCGCUCCCCCCGCCCCUACCCUCCGCGUGCCCGCUCCCUCGCCGCCUCUUUUGACCCUCCCUGCCCCCCUCGCCGUUACCCACCGCUCGCCAUUCGCUCCUCCCCGCCCGUGCCCUCCCCUCGUUUACCUUCGCCUCCCCCCUCCCCUCCUCUGCUGCACGCCUCUUCCUUCCCCUCGCUAACCCACUCCACUCCCUGCCCCUCCUCAAUCCGCACCCUGCCCCUCGUUUCUCGCCCCCCUACGCUUGGUUUCUCCCCUCCCUGCCCCUCGCCGCCUUUCUCCGCUCCCCACCUCCCCCCUCUCCCUGCCCCCCCACUCUCCUCCACUUGCCCUUGGCUUCCCACCUCCCUGCCCCACCUUUCCCCCCUCCGUGUGCUCAGCUUCUCCCCUCCCUGCCUCUCCCUCCUCCCCGCCCUGCCCCUCAUUUUCCGCCCCCCCACGCCCGGUUUCUCCCCUCCCUGCACCUCCCUUUCUUUCUCCGUGCCUCUCCUUUGCUCCCUCCCUGCCCCCGCCUGCCCAUGCCCCUGUCUUUGGUUUCUCCCCUCCCUGCCCCACGUUUCUUCCCUCCCUGAGAUCACCUUGUACCCCCUCUGCCCCUCCCUUGUUCUCCCCGCACCCAUUGCUUCUCCCCUCCCUGCCCUUGAUUUCCCGCACCCCUGCCCUUGUUUCCUACCAUCCAUGCCCCUCGUUUCCCCUCUUUGUACGUUCACCCUCUUCCCUCCCUGCCCCUCCCUUCCUCCCCCCCUGCCCUUUGCUUUCCCCUCGUUACGCUCCCUUCUCCCCAUCCCUGCUGCCCUCUUACCACCAUCAGCCCGUCCCCACCACCAGCCCCCCUCCCACCCUUCUCCCCCCCCCCCUCUCCCUCUCUCUCUCUCUCUCUCUCUCUUUCUCUCGCACACACACACACACACACACUCCCCUCCCCCACCCCCCACCCACAUCCUCCCGUUCUGCCCCUCCCUGCCCCUGUUCCACCCCCUCGCACGCCCCUCACCUCUCACCUCCGUUCAACUGGAUUCCCCCCCUCUGGUGCAUCCCUUGCAUCGCUCGCCCCUCUGCUCACCCUCUGCCCGCCCCUUUUCCUUGCCCUCAGCUGGCCCAGCCCCUGCCCGUUGCUGCCCCUCCCCUUGCCCCCUCAACUCCCCUGCCCCCCGUACACCCCACUCCCGUCCAACCGCCCCCACCCUCCCCCGGCUGCCCGUUUCCGCUCUCCACCCCCGCGACCGUUCACACCCCCUGCCCCCUCAUGCCAUCCGCUCCCCCCGCCCCUACCCUCCGCGUGCCCGCUCCCUCGCCGCCUCUUUUGACCCUCCCUGCCCCCCUCGCCGUUACCCACCGCUCGCCAUUCGCUCCUCCCCGCCCGUGCCCUCCCCUCGUUUACCUUCGCCUCCCCCCUCCCCUCCUCUGCUGCACGCCUCUUCCUUCCCCUCGCUAACCCACUCCACUCCCUGCCCCUCCUCAAUCCGCACCCUGCCCCUCGUUUCUCGCCCCCCUACGCUUGGUUUCUCCCCUCCCUGCCCCUCGCCGCCUUUCUCCGCUCCCCACCUCCCCCCUCUCCCUGCCCCCCCACUCUCCUCCACUUGCCCUUGGCUUCCCACCUCCCUGCCCCACCUUUCCCCCCUCCGUGUGCUCAGCUUCUCCCCUCCCUGCCUCUCCCUCCUCCCCGCCCUGCCCCUCAUUUUCCGCCCCCCCACGCCCGGUUUCUCCCCUCCCUGCACCUCCCUUUCUUUCUCCGUGCCUCUCCUUUGCUCCCUCCCUGCCCCCGCCUGCCCAUGCCCCUGUCUUUGGUUUCUCCCCUCCCUGCCCCACGUUUCUUCCCUCCCUGAGAUCACCUUGUACCCCCUCUGCCCCUCCCUUGUUCUCCCCGCACCCAUUGCUUCUCCCCUCCCUGCCCUUGAUUUCCCGCACCCCUGCCCUUGUUUCCUACCAUCCAUGCCCCUCGUUUCCCCUCUUUGUACGUUCACCCUCUUCCCUCCCUGCCCCUCCCUUCCUCCCCCCCUGCCCUUUGCUUUCCCCUCGUUACGCUCCCUUCUCCCCAUCCCUGCUGCCCUCUUACCACCAUCAGCCCGUCCCCACCACCAGCCCCCCUCCCACCCUUCUCCCCCCCCCCCUCUCCCUCUCUCUCUCUCUCUCUCUCUCUUUCUCUCGCACACACACACACACACACACUCCCCUCCCCCACCCCCCACCCACAUCCUCCCGUUCUGCCCCUCCCUGCCCCUGUUCCACCCCCUCGCACGCCCCUCACCUCUCACCUCCGUUCAACUGGAUUCCCCCCCUCUGGUGCAUCCCUUGCAUCGCUCGCCCCUCUGCUCACCCUCUGCCCGCCCCUUUUCCUUGCCCUCAGCUGGCCCAGCCCCUGCCCGUUGCUGCCCCUCCCCUUGCCCCCUCAACUCCCCUGCCCCCCGUACACCCCACUCCCGUCCAACCGCCCCCACCCUCCCCCGGCUGCCCGUUUCCGCUCUCCACCCCCGCGACCGUUCACACCCCCUGCCCCCUCAUGCCAUCCGCUCCCCCCGCCCCUACCCUCCGCGUGCCCGCUCCCUCGCCGCCUCUUUUGACCCUCCCUGCCCCCCUCGCCGUUACCCACCGCUCGCCAUUCGCUCCUCCCCGCCCGUGCCCUCCCCUCGUUUACCUUCGCCUCCCCCCUCCCCUCCUCUGCUGCACGCCUCUUCCUUCCCCUCGCUAACCCACUCCACUCCCUGCCCCUCCUCAAUCCGCACCCUGCCCCUCGUUUCUCGCCCCCCUACGCUUGGUUUCUCCCCUCCCUGCCCCUCGCCGCCUUUCUCCGCUCCCCACCUCCCCCCUCUCCCUGCCCCCCCACUCUCCUCCACUUGCCCUUGGCUUCCCACCUCCCUGCCCCACCUUUCCCCCCUCCGUGUGCUCAGCUUCUCCCCUCCCUGCCUCUCCCUCCUCCCCGCCCUGCCCCUCAUUUUCCGCCCCCCCACGCCCGGUUUCUCCCCUCCCUGCACCUCCCUUUCUUUCUCCGUGCCUCUCCUUUGCUCCCUCCCUGCCCCCGCCUGCCCAUGCCCCUGUCUUUGGUUUCUCCCCUCCCUGCCCCACGUUUCUUCCCUCCCUGAGAUCACCUUGUACCCCCUCUGCCCCUCCCUUGUUCUCCCCGCACCCAUUGCUUCUCCCCUCCCUGCCCUUGAUUUCCCGCACCCCUGCCCUUGUUUCCUACCAUCCAUGCCCCUCGUUUCCCCUCUUUGUACGUUCACCCUCUUCCCUCCCUGCCCCUCCCUUCCUCCCCCCCUGCCCUUUGCUUUCCCCUCGUUACGCUCCCUUCUCCCCAUCCCUGCUGCCCUCUUACCACCAUCAGCCCGUCCCCACCACCAGCCCCCCUCCCACCCUUCUCCCCCCCCCCCUCUCCCUCUCUCUCUCUCUCUCUCUCUCUUUCUCUCGCACACACACACACACACACACUCCCCUCCCCCACCCCCCACCCACAUCCUCCCGUUCUGCCCCUCCCUGCCCCUGUUCCACCCCCUCGCACGCCCCUCACCUCUCACCUCCGUUCAACUGGAUUCCCCCCCUCUGGUGCAUCCCUUGCAUCGCUCGCCCCUCUGCUCACCCUCUGCCCGCCCCUUUUCCUUGCCCUCAGCUGGCCCAGCCCCUGCCCGUUGCUGCCCCUCCCCUUGCCCCCUCAACUCCCCUGCCCCCCGUACACCCCACUCCCGUCCAACCGCCCCCACCCUCCCCCGGCUGCCCGUUUCCGCUCUCCACCCCCGCGACCGUUCACACCCCCUGCCCCCUCAUGCCAUCCGCUCCCCCCGCCCCUACCCUCCGCGUGCCCGCUCCCUCGCCGCCUCUUUUGACCCUCCCUGCCCCCCUCGCCGUUACCCACCGCUCGCCAUUCGCUCCUCCCCGCCCGUGCCCUCCCCUCGUUUACCUUCGCCUCCCCCCUCCCCUCCUCUGCUGCACGCCUCUUCCUUCCCCUCGCUAACCCACUCCACUCCCUGCCCCUCCUCAAUCCGCACCCUGCCCCUCGUUUCUCGCCCCCCUAUGCUUGGUUUCUCCCCCCCUGCCCUUUGCUUUCCCCUCGUUACGCUCCCUUCUCCCCAUCCCUGCUGCCCUCUUACCACCAUCAGCCCCCCCUGCCCGUUGCUGCCCCUCCCCUUGCCCCCUCAACUCCCCUGCCCCCCGUACACCCCACUCCCGUCCAACCGCCCCCACCCUCCCCCGGCUGCCCGUUUCCGCUCUCCACCCCCGCGACCGUGUGCGGCUUCCAACCGCCCAACGGUGUCACACCCCCUGCCCCCUCAUGCCAUCCGCUCCCCCCGCCCCUACCCUCCGCGUGCCCGCUCCCUCGCCGCCUCUUUUGACCCUCCCUGCCCCCCUCGCCGUUACCCACCGCUCGCCAUUCGCUCCUCCCCGCCCGUGCCCUCCCCUCGUUUACCUUCGCCUCCCCCCUCCCCUCCUCUGCUGCACGCCUCUUCCUUCCCCUCGCUAACCCACUCCACUCCCUGCCCCUCCUCAAUCCGCACCCUGCCCCUCGUUUCUCGCCCCCCUACGCUUGGUUUCUCCCCUCCCUGCCCCUCGCCGCCUUUCUCCGCUCCCCACCUCCCCCCUCUCCCUGCCCCCCCACUCUCCUCCACUUGCCCUUGGCUUCCCACCUCCCUGCCCCACCUUUCCCCCCUCCGUGUGCUCAGCUUCUCCCCUCCCUGCCUCUCCCUCCUCCCCGCCCUGCCCCUCAUUUUCCGCCCCCCCACGCCCGGUUUCUCCCCUCCCUGCACCUCCCUUUCUUUCUCCGUGCCUCUCCUUUGCUCCCUCCCUGCCCCCGCCUGCCCAUGCCCCUGUCUUUGGUUUCUCCCCUCCCUGCCCCACGUUUCUUCCCUCCCUGAGAUCACCUUGUACCCCCUCUGCCCCUCCCUUGUUCUCCCCGCACCCAUUGCUUCUCCCCUCCCUGCCCUUGAUUUCCCGCACCCCUGCCCUUGUUUCCUACCAUCCAUGCCCCUCGUUUCCCCUCUUUGUACGUUCACCCUCUUCCCUCCCUGCCCCUCCCUUCCUCCCCCCCUGCCCUUUGCUUUCCCCUCCCCCUGCCCGUUGCUGCCCCUCCCCUUGCCCCCUCAACUCCCCUGCCCCCCGUACACCCCACUCCCGUCCAACCGCCCCCACCCUCCCCCGGCUGCCCGUUUCCGCUCUCCACCCCCGCGACCGUGUGCGGCUUCCAACCGCCCAACGGUGUCACACCCCCUGCCCCCUCAUGCCAUCCGCUCCCCCCGCCCCUACCCUCCGCGUGCCCGCUCCCUCGCCGCCUCUUUUGACCCUCCCUGCCCCCCUCGCCGUUACCCACCGCUCGCCAUUCGCUCCUCCCCGCCCGUGCCCUCCCCUCGUUUACCUUCGCCUCCCCCCUCCCCUCCUCUGCUGCACGCCUCUUCCUUCCCCUCGCUAACCCACUCCACUCCCUGCCCCUCCUCAAUCCGCACCCUGCCCCUCGUUUCUCGCCCCCCUACGCUUGGUUUCUCCCCUCCCUGCCCCUCGCCGCCUUUCUCCGCUCCCCACCUCCCCCCUCUCCCUGCCCCCCCACUCUCCUCCACUUGCCCUUGGCUUCCCACCUCCCUGCCCCACCUUUCCCCCCUCCGUGUGCUCAGCUUCUCCCCUCCCUGCCUCUCCCUCCUCCCCGCCCUGCCCCUCAUUUUCCGCCCCCCCACGCCCGGUUUCUCCCCUCCCUGCACCUCCCUUUCUUUCUCCGUGCCUCUCCUUUGCUCCCUCCCUGCCCCCGCCUGCCCAUGCCCCUGUCUUUGGUUUCUCCCCUCCCUGCCCCACGUUUCUUCCCUCCCUGAGAUCACCUUGUACCCCCUCUGCCCCUCCCUUGUUCUCCCCGCACCCAUUGCUUCUCCCCUCCCUGCCCUUGAUUUCCCGCACCCCUGCCCUUGUUUCCUACCAUCCAUGCCCCUCGUUUCCCCUCUUUGUACGUUCACCCUCUUCCCUCCCUGCCCCUCCCUUCCUCCCCCCCUGCCCUUUGCUUUCCCCUCGUUACGCUCCCUUCUCCCCAUCCCUGCUGCCCUCUUACCACCAUCAGCCCGUCCCCACCACCAGCCCCCCUCCCACCCUUCUCCCCCCCCCCCUCUCCCUCUCUCUCUCUCUCUCUCUCUCUUUCUCUCGCACACACACACACACACACACUCCCCUCCCCCACCCCCCACCCACAUCCUCCCGUUCUGCCCCUCCCUGCCCCUGUUCCACCCCCUCGCACGCCCCUCACCUCUCACCUCCGUUCAACUGGAUUCCCCCCCUCUGGUGCAUCCCUUGCAUCGCUCGCCCCUCUGCUCACCCUCUGCCCGCCCCUUUUCCUUGCCCUCAGCUGGCCCAGCCCCUGCCCGUUGCUGCCCCUCCCCUUGCCCCCUCAACUCCCCUGCCCCCCGUACACCCCACUCCCGUCCAACCGCCCCCACCCUCCCCCGGCUGCCCGUUUCCGCUCUCCACCCCCGCGACCGUUCACACCCCCUGCCCCCUCAUGCCAUCCGCUCCCCCCGCCCCUACCCUCCGCGUGCCCGCUCCCUCGCCGCCUCUUUUGACCCUCCCUGCCCCCCUCGCCGUUACCCACCGCUCGCCAUUCGCUCCUCCCCGCCCGUGCCCUCCCCUCGUUUACCUUCGCCUCCCCCCUCCCCUCCUCUGCUGCACGCCUCUUCCUUCCCCUCGCUAACCCACUCCACUCCCUGCCCCUCCUCAAUCCGCACCCUGCCCCUCGUUUCUCGCCCCCCUAUGCUUGGUUUCUCCCCCCCUGCCCUUUGCUUUCCCCUCGUUACGCUCCCUUCUCCCCAUCCCUGCUGCCCUCUUACCACCAUCAGCCCCCCCUGCCCGUUGCUGCCCCUCCCCUUGCCCCCUCAACUCCCCUGCCCCCCGUACACCCCACUCCCGUCCAACCGCCCCCACCCUCCCCCGGCUGCCCGUUUCCGCUCUCCACCCCCGCGACCGUGUGCGGCUUCCAACCGCCCAACGGUGUCACACCCCCUGCCCCCUCAUGCCAUCCGCUCCCCCCGCCCCUACCCUCCGCGUGCCCGCUCCCUCGCCGCCUCUUUUGACCCUCCCUGCCCCCCUCGCCGUUACCCACCGCUCGCCAUUCGCUCCUCCCCGCCCGUGCCCUCCCCUCGUUUACCUUCGCCUCCCCCCUCCCCUCCUCUGCUGCACGCCUCUUCCUUCCCCUCGCUAACCCACUCCACUCCCUGCCCCUCCUCAAUCCGCACCCUGCCCCUCGUUUCUCGCCCCCCUACGCUUGGUUUCUCCCCUCCCUGCCCCUCGCCGCCUUUCUCCGCUCCCCACCUCCCCCCUCUCCCUGCCCCCCCACUCUCCUCCACUUGCCCUUGGCUUCCCACCUCCCUGCCCCACCUUUCCCCCCUCCGUGUGCUCAGCUUCUCCCCUCCCUGCCUCUCCCUCCUCCCCGCCCUGCCCCUCAUUUUCCGCCCCCCCACGCCCGGUUUCUCCCCUCCCUGCACCUCCCUUUCUUUCUCCGUGCCUCUCCUUUGCUCCCUCCCUGCCCCCGCCUGCCCAUGCCCCUGUCUUUGGUUUCUCCCCUCCCUGCCCCACGUUUCUUCCCUCCCUGAGAUCACCUUGUACCCCCUCUGCCCCUCCCUUGUUCUCCCCGCACCCAUUGCUUCUCCCCUCCCUGCCCUUGAUUUCCCGCACCCCUGCCCUUGUUUCCUACCAUCCAUGCCCCUCGUUUCCCCUCUUUGUACGUUCACCCUCUUCCCUCCCUGCCCCUCCCUUCCUCCCCCCCUGCCCUUUGCUUUCCCCUCGUUACGCUCCCUUCUCCCCAUCCCUGCUGCCCUCUUACCACCAUCAGCCCGUCCCCACCACCAGCCCCCCUCCCACCCUUCUCCCCCCCCCCCUCUCCCUCUCUCUCUCUCUCUCUCUCUCUUUCUCUCGCACACACACACACACACACACUCCCCUCCCCCACCCCCCACCCACAUCCUCCCGUUCUGCCCCUCCCUGCCCCUGUUCCACCCCCUCGCACGCCCCUCACCUCUCACCUCCGUUCAACUGGAUUCCCCCCCUCUGGUGCAUCCCUUGCAUCGCUCGCCCCUCUGCUCACCCUCUGCCCGCCCCUUUUCCUUGCCCUCAGCUGGCCCAGCCCCUGCCCGUUGCUGCCCCUCCCCUUGCCCCCUCAACUCCCCUGCCCCCCGUACACCCCACUCCCGUCCAACCGCCCCCACCCUCCCCCGGCUGCCCGUUUCCGCUCUCCACCCCCGCGACCGUUCACACCCCCUGCCCCCUCAUGCCAUCCGCUCCCCCCGCCCCUACCCUCCGCGUGCCCGCUCCCUCGCCGCCUCUUUUGACCCUCCCUGCCCCCCUCGCCGUUACCCACCGCUCGCCAUUCGCUCCUCCCCGCCCGUGCCCUCCCCUCGUUUACCUUCGCCUCCCCCCUCCCCUCCUCUGCUGCACGCCUCUUCCUUCCCCUCGCUAACCCACUCCACUCCCUGCCCCUCCUCAAUCCGCACCCUGCCCCUCGUUUCUCGCCCCCCUACGCUUGGUUUCUCCCCUCCCUGCCCCUCGCCGCCUUUCUCCGCUCCCCACCUCCCCCCUCUCCCUGCCCCCCCACUCUCCUCCACUUGCCCUUGGCUUCCCACCUCCCUGCCCCACCUUUCCCCCCUCCGUGUGCUCAGCUUCUCCCCUCCCUGCCUCUCCCUCCUCCCCGCCCUGCCCCUCAUUUUCCGCCCCCCCACGCCCGGUUUCUCCCCUCCCUGCACCUCCCUUUCUUUCUCCGUGCCUCUCCUUUGCUCCCUCCCUGCCCCCGCCUGCCCAUGCCCCUGUCUUUGGUUUCUCCCCUCCCUGCCCCACGUUUCUUCCCUCCCUGAGAUCACCUUGUACCCCCUCUGCCCCUCCCUUGUUCUCCCCGCACCCAUUGCUUCUCCCCUCCCUGCCCUUGAUUUCCCGCACCCCUGCCCUUGUUUCCUACCAUCCAUGCCCCUCGUUUCCCCUCUUUGUACGUUCACCCUCUUCCCUCCCUGCCCCUCCCUUCCUCCCCCCCUGCCCUUUGCUUUCCCCUCGUUACGCUCCCUUCUCCCCAUCCCUGCUGCCCUCUUACCACCAUCAGCCCGUCCCCACCACCAGCCCCCCUCCCACCCUUCUCCCCCCCCCCCUCUCCCUCUCUCUCUCUCUCUCUCUCUCUUUCUCUCGCACACACACACACACACACACUCCCCUCCCCCACCCCCCACCCACAUCCUCCCGUUCUGCCCCUCCCUGCCCCUGUUCCACCCCCUCGCACGCCCCUCACCUCUCACCUCCGUUCAACUGGAUUCCCCCCCUCUGGUGCAUCCCUUGCAUCGCUCGCCCCUCUGCUCACCCUCUGCCCGCCCCUUUUCCUUGCCCUCAGCUGGCCCAGCCCCUGCCCGUUGCUGCCCCUCCCCUUGCCCCCUCAACUCCCCUGCCCCCCGUACACCCCACUCCCGUCCAACCGCCCCCACCCUCCCCCGGCUGCCCGUUUCCGCUCUCCACCCCCGCGACCGUUCACACCCCCUGCCCCCUCAUGCCAUCCGCUCCCCCCGCCCCUACCCUCCGCGUGCCCGCUCCCUCGCCGCCUCUUUUGACCCUCCCUGCCCCCCUCGCCGUUACCCACCGCUCGCCAUUCGCUCCUCCCCGCCCGUGCCCUCCCCUCGUUUACCUUCGCCUCCCCCCUCCCCUCCUCUGCUGCACGCCUCUUCCUUCCCCUCGCUAACCCACUCCACUCCCUGCCCCUCCUCAAUCCGCACCCUGCCCCUCGUUUCUCGCCCCCCUACGCUUGGUUUCUCCCCUCCCUGCCCCUCGCCGCCUUUCUCCGCUCCCCACCUCCCCCCUCUCCCUGCCCCCCCACUCUCCUCCACUUGCCCUUGGCUUCCCACCUCCCUGCCCCACCUUUCCCCCCUCCGUGUGCUCAGCUUCUCCCCUCCCUGCCUCUCCCUCCUCCCCGCCCUGCCCCUCAUUUUCCGCCCCCCCACGCCCGGUUUCUCCCCUCCCUGCACCUCCCUUUCUUUCUCCGUGCCUCUCCUUUGCUCCCUCCCUGCCCCCGCCUGCCCAUGCCCCUGUCUUUGGUUUCUCCCCUCCCUGCCCCACGUUUCUUCCCUCCCUGAGAUCACCUUGUACCCCCUCUGCCCCUCCCUUGUUCUCCCCGCACCCAUUGCUUCUCCCCUCCCUGCCCUUGAUUUCCCGCACCCCUGCCCUUGUUUCCUACCAUCCAUGCCCCUCGUUUCCCCUCUUUGUACGUUCACCCUCUUCCCUCCCUGCCCCUCCCUUCCUCCCCCCCUGCCCUUUGCUUUCCCCUCGUUACGCUCCCUUCUCCCCAUCCCUGCUGCCCUCUUACCACCAUCAGCCCGUCCCCACCACCAGCCCCCCUCCCACCCUUCUCCCCCCCCCCCUCUCCCUCUCUCUCUCUCUCUCUCUCUCUUUCUCUCGCACACACACACACACACACACUCCCCUCCCCCACCCCCCACCCACAUCCUCCCGUUCUGCCCCUCCCUGCCCCUGUUCCACCCCCUCGCACGCCCCUCACCUCUCACCUCCGUUCAACUGGAUUCCCCCCCUCUGGUGCAUCCCUUGCAUCGCUCGCCCCUCUGCUCACCCUCUGCCCGCCCCUUUUCCUUGCCCUCAGCUGGCCCAGCCCCUGCCCGUUGCUGCCCCUCCCCUUGCCCCCUCAACUCCCCUGCCCCCCGUACACCCCACUCCCGUCCAACCGCCCCCACCCUCCCCCGGCUGCCCGUUUCCGCUCUCCACCCCCGCGACCGUUCACACCCCCUGCCCCCUCAUGCCAUCCGCUCCCCCCGCCCCUACCCUCCGCGUGCCCGCUCCCUCGCCGCCUCUUUUGACCCUCCCUGCCCCCCUCGCCGUUACCCACCGCUCGCCAUUCGCUCCUCCCCGCCCGUGCCCUCCCCUCGUUUACCUUCGCCUCCCCCCUCCCCUCCUCUGCUGCACGCCUCUUCCUUCCCCUCGCUAACCCACUCCACUCCCUGCCCCUCCUCAAUCCGCACCCUGCCCCUCGUUUCUCGCCCCCCUAUGCUUGGUUUCUCCCCCCCUGCCCUUUGCUUUCCCCUCGUUACGCUCCCUUCUCCCCAUCCCUGCUGCCCUCUUACCACCAUCAGCCCCCCCUGCCCGUUGCUGCCCCUCCCCUUGCCCCCUCAACUCCCCUGCCCCCCGUACACCCCACUCCCGUCCAACCGCCCCCACCCUCCCCCGGCUGCCCGUUUCCGCUCUCCACCCCCGCGACCGUGUGCGGCUUCCAACCGCCCAACGGUGUCACACCCCCUGCCCCCUCAUGCCAUCCGCUCCCCCCGCCCCUACCCUCCGCGUGCCCGCUCCCUCGCCGCCUCUUUUGACCCUCCCUGCCCCCCUCGCCGUUACCCACCGCUCGCCAUUCGCUCCUCCCCGCCCGUGCCCUCCCCUCGUUUACCUUCGCCUCCCCCCUCCCCUCCUCUGCUGCACGCCUCUUCCUUCCCCUCGCUAACCCACUCCACUCCCUGCCCCUCCUCAAUCCGCACCCUGCCCCUCGUUUCUCGCCCCCCUACGCUUGGUUUCUCCCCUCCCUGCCCCUCGCCGCCUUUCUCCGCUCCCCACCUCCCCCCUCUCCCUGCCCCCCCACUCUCCUCCACUUGCCCUUGGCUUCCCACCUCCCUGCCCCACCUUUCCCCCCUCCGUGUGCUCAGCUUCUCCCCUCCCUGCCUCUCCCUCCUCCCCGCCCUGCCCCUCAUUUUCCGCCCCCCCACGCCCGGUUUCUCCCCUCCCUGCACCUCCCUUUCUUUCUCCGUGCCUCUCCUUUGCUCCCUCCCUGCCCCCGCCUGCCCAUGCCCCUGUCUUUGGUUUCUCCCCUCCCUGCCCCACGUUUCUUCCCUCCCUGAGAUCACCUUGUACCCCCUCUGCCCCUCCCUUGUUCUCCCCGCACCCAUUGCUUCUCCCCUCCCUGCCCUUGAUUUCCCGCACCCCUGCCCUUGUUUCCUACCAUCCAUGCCCCUCGUUUCCCCUCUUUGUACGUUCACCCUCUUCCCUCCCUGCCCCUCCCUUCCUCCCCCCCUGCCCUUUGCUUUCCCCUCCCCCUGCCCGUUGCUGCCCCUCCCCUUGCCCCCUCAACUCCCCUGCCCCCCGUACACCCCACUCCCGUCCAACCGCCCCCACCCUCCCCCGGCUGCCCGUUUCCGCUCUCCACCCCCGCGACCGUGUGCGGCUUCCAACCGCCCAACGGUGUCACACCCCCUGCCCCCUCAUGCCAUCCGCUCCCCCCGCCCCUACCCUCCGCGUGCCCGCUCCCUCGCCGCCUCUUUUGACCCUCCCUGCCCCCCUCGCCGUUACCCACCGCUCGCCAUUCGCUCCUCCCCGCCCGUGCCCUCCCCUCGUUUACCUUCGCCUCCCCCCUCCCCUCCUCUGCUGCACGCCUCUUCCUUCCCCUCGCUAACCCACUCCACUCCCUGCCCCUCCUCAAUCCGCACCCUGCCCCUCGUUUCUCGCCCCCCUACGCUUGGUUUCUCCCCUCCCUGCCCCUCGCCGCCUUUCUCCGCUCCCCACCUCCCCCCUCUCCCUGCCCCCCCACUCUCCUCCACUUGCCCUUGGCUUCCCACCUCCCUGCCCCACCUUUCCCCCCUCCGUGUGCUCAGCUUCUCCCCUCCCUGCCUCUCCCUCCUCCCCGCCCUGCCCCUCAUUUUCCGCCCCCCCACGCCCGGUUUCUCCCCUCCCUGCACCUCCCUUUCUUUCUCCGUGCCUCUCCUUUGCUCCCUCCCUGCCCCCGCCUGCCCAUGCCCCUGUCUUUGGUUUCUCCCCUCCCUGCCCCACGUUUCUUCCCUCCCUGAGAUCACCUUGUACCCCCUCUGCCCCUCCCUUGUUCUCCCCGCACCCAUUGCUUCUCCCCUCCCUGCCCUUGAUUUCCCGCACCCCUGCCCUUGUUUCCUACCAUCCAUGCCCCUCGUUUCCCCUCUUUGUACGUUCACCCUCUUCCCUCCCUGCCCCUCCCUUCCUCCCCCCCUGCCCUUUGCUUUCCCCUCGUUACGCUCCCUUCUCCCCAUCCCUGCUGCCCUCUUACCACCAUCAGCCCGUCCCCACCACCAGCCCCCCUCCCACCCUUCUCCCCCCCCCCCCUCUCCCUCUCUCUCUCUCUCUCUCUCUCUUUCUCUCGCACACACACACACACACACACUCCCCUCCCCCACCCCCCACCCACAUCCUCCCGUUCUGCCCCUCCCUGCCCCUGUUCCACCCCCUCGCACGCCCCUCACCUCUCACCUCCGUUCAACUGGAUUCCCCCCCUCUGGUGCAUCCCUUGCAUCGCUCGCCCCUCUGCUCACCCUCUGCCCGCCCCUUUUCCUUGCCCUCAGCUGGCCCAGCCCCUGCCCGUUGCUGCCCCUCCCCUUGCCCCCUCAACUCCCCUGCCCCCCGUACACCCCACUCCCGUCCAACCGCCCCCACCCUCCCCCGGCUGCCCGUUUCCGCUCUCCACCCCCGCGACCGUGUGCGGCUUCCAACCGCCCAACGGUGUCACACCCCCUGCCCCCUCAUGCCAUCCGCUCCCCCCGCCCCUACCCUCCGCGUGCCCGCUCCCUCGCCGCCUCUUUUGACCCUCCCUGCCCCCCUCGCCGUUACCCACCGCUCGCCAUUCGCUCCUCCCCGCCCGUGCCCUCCCCUCGUUUACCUUCGCCUCCCCCCUCCCCUCCUCUGCUGCACGCCUCUUCCUUCCCCUCGCUAACCCACUCCACUCCCUGCCCCUCCUCAAUCCGCACCCUGCCCCUCGUUUCUCGCCCCCCUACGCUUGGUUUCUCCCCUCCCUGCCCCUCGCCGCCUUUCUCCGCUCCCCACCUCCCCCCUCUCCCUGCCCCCCCACUCUCCUCCACUUGCCCUUGGCUUCCCACCUCCCUGCCCCACCUUUCCCCCCUCCGUGUGCUCAGCUUCUCCCCUCCCUGCCUCUCCCUCCUCCCCGCCCUGCCCCUCAUUUUCCGCCCCCCCACGCCCGGUUUCUCCCCUCCCUGCACCUCCCUUUCUUUCUCCGUGCCUCUCCUUUGCUCCCUCCCUGCCCCCGCCUGCCCAUGCCCCUGUCUUUGGUUUCUCCCCUCCCUGCCCCACGUUUCUUCCCUCCCUGAGAUCACCUUGUACCCCCUCUGCCCCUCCCUUGUUCUCCCCGCACCCAUUGCUUCUCCCCUCCCUGCCCUUGAUUUCCCGCACCCCUGCCCUUGUUUCCUACCAUCCAUGCCCCUCGUUUCCCCUCUUUGUACGUUCACCCUCUUCCCUCCCUGCCCCUCCCUUCCUCCCCCCCUGCCCUUUGCUUUCCCCUCGUUACGCUCCCUUCUCCCCAUCCCUGCUGCCCUCUUACCACCAUCAGCCCGUCCCCACCACCAGCCCCCCUCCCACCCUUCUCCCCCCCCCCCUCUCCCUCUCUCUCUCUCUCUCUCUCUCUUUCUCUCGCACACACACACACACACACACUCCCCUCCCCCACCCCCCACCCACAUCCUCCCGUUCUGCCCCUCCCUGCCCCUGUUCCACCCCCUCGCACGCCCCUCACCUCUCACCUCCGUUCAACUGGAUUCCCCCCCUCUGGUGCAUCCCUUGCAUCGCUCGCCCCUCUGCUCACCCUCUGCCCGCCCCUUUUCCUUGCCCUCAGCUGGCCCAGCCCCUGCCCGUUGCUGCCCCUCCCCUUGCCCCCUCAACUCCCCUGCCCCCCGUACACCCCACUCCCGUCCAACCGCCCCCACCCUCCCCCGGCUGCCCGUUUCCGCUCUCCACCCCCGCGACCGUUCACACCCCCUGCCCCCUCAUGCCAUCCGCUCCCCCCGCCCCUACCCUCCGCGUGCCCGCUCCCUCGCCGCCUCUUUUGACCCUCCCUGCCCCCCUCGCCGUUACCCACCGCUCGCCAUUCGCUCCUCCCCGCCCGUGCCCUCCCCUCGUUUACCUUCGCCUCCCCCCUCCCCUCCUCUGCUGCACGCCUCUUCCUUCCCCUCGCUAACCCACUCCACUCCCUGCCCCUCCUCAAUCCGCACCCUGCCCCUCGUUUCUCGCCCCCCUAUGCUUGGUUUCUCCCCCCCUGCCCUUUGCUUUCCCCUCCCCCUGCCCGUUGCUGCCCCUCCCCUUGCCCCCUCAACUCCCCUGCCCCCCGUACACCCCACUCCCGUCCAACCGCCCCCACCCUCCCCCGGCUGCCCGUUUCCGCUCUCCACCCCCGCGACCGUGCCCUACCCCUACAGGCCAACCACCAAACUCACACCCCCCUCUCGUACCUGCCCCUCCACAGGGCCAUGGGAGCGAUCCAGCCCACCCACCCCCGGGCCGCCUCUCUCUUCCAAUAAACUCCCCCCCCAGGUGGCGGCAGCCGGGAUGGAGGCCGACGGGAUGAGGGAUGCGCCCAUGGCAGACGCCACCGACUCCCCCUCCCAUGCCUCCCACCCCAUCCAUGUCGACGCCCCCCUACCGCAACCCAUGGUGAUAGGGGAGGGCCAAGGGGGUUUUCUAGGGCAGGGUCCACACCCGAGCUCUGCUCAGCCAGCACGCCCCACCCCACCCUCUACCCUGCCAGCCCUCCUACCCUCACCAGCAGGCAGGCAGGUCACCGGGACCCCAGAGGAGGUGAGGGCUGCCAUCUCAGAUUUGCGGGCGAUACAGAGCCCGAGCAGCUCCCCGGCUGCCCCCACCCUAUCAAUCCCACAGGUCCGGACCCGGACGUAUGCGGAGGUCACCCGUUCUGUCCCUUCUUUUAUCCCCCCCACUACUCAUCCAGGCCCGUCACUCCCGUCCCCGAUGGAGACAGACCUGGUUCCGAGGCCGUGUCGCUCGCACCUAGACGUGGUGGCGCCUCCCCCCGUUCAGCCCGUUGCCGACACACAACCCGUGGCGCAGGAGGGCACCGGCUUUAGGGAUGAGACAUCUGCCCCUGCCCAGACCCCCCCGCCUGGGGUAGCAGAGCCGCCACUUGGACCGCACCCCGCCGAGGGACAGGGGCACACCACGGCGCACACUUCAGGCUCACCUCCACGUCCCCCCUCCCUAGCUUCGGGACCGUCCUCUCCUCCCCUUAUCCCAGGCGAUCCUCUUGCAGCUCAGGCCACCCAUGGGGCCCCCUCUACAGCCAGUUCCGACGCCACGGCCCCGAUCGGCCCCACCGACACGGCGACAUCACCCGACCAGGUCGUGAGAUGCCCCACCUGCAGGAGCUCUCUCGCGAACCGACGUGCCCUUCAGCACCACACGCCCUUCUGCCAUCCUGCGGACGCGGCUCGUAGGGCACAGGCCCUCCACGACACCUCAUCUGUCCUCCCAUCCCUCUCGGAGCCACAAGGGACGAGGACGCAUUUCACAGAUGCACAGUGGCAAACGCUGGAAUCCUUCGAUUGGACGGAGUAUUUCUCGCCAGAGCGCACCCACGCCCGCCCUCUCCGACGCAUUCCUGCUAGGGUCCGCGGAGGAUAUCUUGACGUCCUCUGCACGAUCUUGGCCCGUGUAUCCCAGGAUCCCGAGGCUCCGGGCCCUACCUUCCUCCUCGCCACUGCACCCACACUUCUCCUCACGCAGGCGACCCCGCCAGACCGCUCGCACACGACUGCCAUCGCAGCACGGGUCUCCCGCUUCAUGCGAGGUGAGUGGACUGAGCUACUCUCUGAGGCCCUGAUCCGUCGCACCCCCCUCCCUCGACGCACAUCCCGGCGCGCACGUCCCGUCACCGCCCAGUCCACCGCAGAUGAGCGUCGCAUCGCACGUUGCCUCCGUCUGGCAGCGUGCAAUGAGACCUCACGGGCCUGCGCGGCUCUUGAGUCCGCGGAGGCCACCCCAGAUACACAGGGGACAACACAGCGCCUACAGUCGAACCACCCCAACGCGGAGAGGCCAACCCCAGUUUGGCUGUCGGACUACCAGGGGACUGCUCUCGUGCUCUCGACGGAUCACCUAUGUCGCGCCAUCUUCACAGCUCCGCAGCUUUGCUUCCGGAGCGAGGCGCCUUCUGGAGGCGCAUGCCUUGGAGGUCGGGCUGAGGCGGGACUGCCGGGCGGCGGGGCACAGUGGGGACAGCAUCAGCUGCGGGGUCGGGUGGCGCGAGGGGCAGGUGGGCAGAGGGGACGGCAGGGGGGUGCAGAACCAGCCAGGGCGGAGAGGGAGGACAGCAGAGGCAGCAGCAGGAGAGCCCGCACAGUCACACCCCCUGCCCCCUCAUGCCAUCCGCUCCCCCCGCCCUACCCUCCGCGUGCCCGCUCCCUCGCCGCCUCUUUUGACCCUCCCUGCCCCCCUCGCCGUUACCCACCGCUCGCCAUUCGCUCCUCCCCGCCCGUGCCCUCCCCUCGUUUACCUUCGCCUCCCCCCUCCCCUCCUCUGCUGCACGCCUCUUCCUUCCCCUCGCUAACCCACUCCACUCCCUGCCCCUCCUCAAUCCGCACCCUGCCCCUCGUUUCUCGCCCCCCUAUGCUUGGUUUCUCCCCUCCCUGCCCCUCGCCGCCUUUCUCCGCUCCCCACCUCCCCCCUCUCCCUGCCCCCCCACUCUCCUCCACUUGCCCUUGGCUUCCCACCUCCCUGCCCCACCUUCCCCCCUUCGUGUGCUCAGCUUCUCCCCUCCCUGCCUCUCCCCUCACUCCCCCGCCCUGCCCCUCAUUUUCCGCCCCCCCACGCCCGGUUUCUCCCCUCCCUGCACCUCCCUUUCUUUCUCCGUGCCUCUCCUUUGCUCCCUCCCUGCCCCCGCCUGCCCAUGCCCCUGUCUUUUGGUUUCCUCCUCCCUGCCCCACGUUUCUUCCCUCCCUGAGAUCACCUUGUACCCCCUCUGCCCCUCCCUUGUUCUCCCCGCACCCAUUGCUUCUCCCCUCCCUGCCCUUGAUUUCCCGCACCCCUGCCCUUGUUUCCUACCAUCCCAUGCCCCUCGUUUCCCCCUCUUUGUACGUUCACCCUCUUCCCUCCCUGCCCCUCCCUUCCUCCCCCCCUGCCCUUUGCUUCCCCUCCCCCUGCCCGUUGCUGCCCCUCCCCUUGCCCCCUCAACUCCCCUGCCCCCCGUACACCCCACUCCCGUCCAACCACCCCCACCCUCCCCGGCUGCCCGUUUCCGCUCUCCCCCCCGCGACCGUACUACAGCAGGUGAGGCCGCAGGGACUGCAGCAGGCAAGGCUGCAGAGACUGCAGCAGGUGAGGCUGCAGGAACCACAGCGGGUGAGGCUGCAGGAGGGACCAUGGCAGGUGAGGCCGCAGGGACCGCAGCAGGUGAGGCUGCAGGGACCGCAGCAGGUGAGGCUGCAGGGGCCGCAGCAGGUGAGUGCUGCACAGACUACAGCAGGUGAGGCCGCAGGGACUGCAGCAGGUGAGGCCGCAGGGACUGCAGCAGGUGAGGCUGCAGGGACUGCAGCAGGUGAGGCUGCAGGGACUGCAGCAAGUGAGGCGCAGGGACCGCGGCAGGGGGAGGUGCUACGGGGGGGCUGCGCGGGGGAGGGUGUAACGGGGACUGGUGUGAGGGAGAGUGCCGCCCCGGCUGUAGCAGGAGAGGGUGCGGCAAGGGCCGGAGUGGGAGAGGGGACAGCAGAGGCCUCAAAGGCAGAAGGUGAGGCUGCAGCUGAAGCAGCAGGGAGGGCAUUAGCACGGCCAGUAGGGGCAGCAGGGCCGCAGCAAGCGCGGUGGAGCACACAGCAGGGCCGGCAGAGACUGCAGAAGGGGCUAGCAGUAAAGAGACAGCAGGUCCCUGUAGCAUCCUGGGGGGCAGCCAAGGCCCUGGCCUUCUUGGCGGAGCCGUGCUCCCCGACCCCCACGCUGUUCCAUGACCAGCCCCCCCUCUGUCCCCAACGCCUGACACCACGCUUACAGACGGUCCGUCAGGAGGAGCACGCCGGCACGGCGAGGGCAGAGCCUCCUACACCCAGCCCCAUCCUUGCCCCUCACCCCUCCUCGCCCCUUUCCUCUCCCCUAAGAGCAGCACACUCCCGCCCCCACCCUCAGGGGUCCCUCUAG